AGAGCAAAACUACACAGCUACACUGUGUGGUUUUGUUUUUUUGGGUUUCUUUGAGGCUAAACUGUUCUCACAUUGGAUUUUCUGACAUUUCUGGAUAAGGAGAUUGUUUCUGAAGAAAUACAACUUCUGGGCUUCGCCCCAUUAAAUCUAGGCACUCUUGUGGAUACAAGGUGCCGUCCACAAUGUCUACACAGGCGCCAACAUUUACACAGCCGCUGCAAAGCGUUGUGGCACUAGAGGGUAGUGCUGCAACGUUUGAAGCACAAGUUAGUGGUUCUCCAGUUCCUGAGGUGAGCUGGUUCCGUGAUGGCCAGGUUCUUUCCGCUGCCGCUCUGCCCGGCGCACAGAUCUCGUUCAGCGAUGGCCGCGCUGUUCUGAUGAUCCCUGCUGUGACAGCCGCACACAGUGGAAGAUUUUCUGUCAGAGCCACCAAUGGUGCUGGACAAGCCACUAGCACCGCUGAACUUCUUGUUACAGUGGAGACUGCGCCGCCCAACUUUAUUCAGAGACUUCAGAGUUUAACCGUGAGACAAAGAAGCCAAGUGAGACUGGAUGUUCGUGUGACAGGAAUCCCUACACCUGUGGUAAAGUUCUACAGAGAGGGAGCCGAGAUACAGAGCUCCGCUGACUUUCAGAUUGUUCAAGAAGGAGACCUUUACAGUUUGUUGAUUGCCGAAGCCUUCCCAGAGGAUUCUGGAACUUACUCUGUAAAUGCCUCAAACAGCAGCGGACGGGCUACCUCCACUGCUGAACUGCUGGUUCAAGGUGAAGAAGCUGUGCCUGCCAAGAAGACUAAAACCGUAAUUUCAUCUUCCUCUCAGAGGUCCUCCUCUCAGAGUCGCCAGACCAGAGUUGAGACAAGGAGUAUGGAGGCUCAUUUUGAAUCCUCAUCCAUGCAAAUGCAUGUUGAAGGUGGUGUAGUGAGCCAUCUAGCACACAAGACUCCACCACGUGUGCCCCCUAAGCCAACCUCAACCUCCAAGUCCCCAACACCAUCAUCUCUUGCAGCCAGAGUUGCAGGGGGACGUCAUCAGUCACCAUCACCUGUGAGACAUGUCAAGGCACCCACUCCGGCCCCUGUUAGGUCCGUAUCCCCUACUUCAAGACUGUCUGUGUCCCCAAUCAGACCAGUCAAAUCCCCACUGACCACACGCAAACAGGUAGCCCAUGGUCCUGAUGUCCUCCCACCAUGGAAGCAGGGAGACUUUGUUGAAGGGUCCAGCAGCUAUUCCAGCAGCAUGACUUCUAGUGCCACCCAUGCCCAGGCUUCCAUGUCUGCCACCCAGGUUCACAUGGAGCAGCGCUGGGAGGGCUCUUAUGGAUUGCAAACGGCUGGGUCCGCUGUAUCUGGUGUCGCUGUGAGAGAGGAGGCGCAGCAUGAGGUGGACGAUAAAAGCAUUGCUGUAGCUACUGUGGUAGCAGCUGUGGACCAGGCUCGCAGCCGCAAGUCUGCUGGUUUUACACCAGAGCCGGUGCCGGUGCCGGUGGUGACACCCAGUACAGAGAUACAGAGCACCUCUAGCACCUCUACUACUGUGUUAAUGUCCACAACAAGGGAACAGGUUGAGGGUGGGAAAAAAGCGGAGGCAAAGGCUACAGUGGUUGCUGCUGUCGACCUAGCACGUGUUCGGAAGCCUUUGCAUGCUGAGGGGGGUCAUGCUGAAGAGGAAACCAUACAAUCUGAUUUAAAACAGCAGAUGAUGAUGGCUACCACUGAGCAACAAGUCACAGUGAAAACUGAGGCUGCAACUGUGCCAAUGGUGCAAAUACCAAUAAUACCACCACCAUCAAUUCAAACAACAGCUGAUGAGCAGAGUAUUCAUGUCACCCAGAUACAAAGAAGUACAGAAACUACUACCGCCCACAUGGAAACUGCCCUCGCACCAUCCCCAAUUCCACAUUUCACAGUUUCAAAAGUUUCUGUUCCUAAACCUGACCAUAGCUAUGAGGUUUCGAUAGCAGGUUCUGCUAUUGCCACACUGCAGAAAGAGUUAUCCUCUACCUCUGCACAUGCUGCUCAAAAGAUCAUCAAGCCAGUCAAGCCUCCAUCUCCUAGUCUCCACCGUAAGGUUGUGGACGUGAUGCCAGCGCCAACCCAGUCUCCGUUUAAGGAUCUCUCCGAGAGAUAUAAGACGCAUUUCGACACUCAGUUACAGACUCAGAUAGGCGCUACGUUUACAGGGGAAACGGAGCAAAUGUAUAAGGAUUUGGAAACAAAGAUCGUUGAGACUGCAGCAGUCCCAUCCCCUGCAGAAGAGCCAGUUGUGCCACCUACUCUUGUAGCUGGCUUGAAGAACCUGACUGUGACUGAGGGUGAGUCUGUGACUCUGGAAUGCCAGAUCUCUGGUCACCCUGCCCCUGGCAUCAUAUGGUUCAGGGAGGACUACAGAAUCGAAAGCUCCAUUGACUUCCAGAUCACUUAUGAGAGUAAAUGUGCCCGUCUUGUCAUCCGUGAGGCCUUCGCAGAAGACAGCGGUCGCUUCACUUGCACUGCUACUAGCAAUGCUGGAACUAUCAGCACAUCCUGUUACCUGCUUGUCAAAGUAACCGAGGAGAUUGAGACCCGGGAAGAGAUGACACAACAAGGCACUGUCACUGUAUUUGACCUUACUACUCAAGAGAAACUUUUUACUACUGAAGCAAAGGAGGAGACCAUGUCGGAGGUGAGCACUGCCAUCGCCACCGCAGGUUCACCAGUGGAUACUGCAGAUGCCAUCGCUCCCUUCUUUGUCAAGAAGCCAACUGUACAGAAGUUGGUGGAGGGCGGACGUGUUGUCUUUGAGUGCCAGAUCGGAGGCAGCCCCAAACCACACAUGUUCUGGAAGAAGAGUGGAGUGCCCCUUACUACAGGAUACAGAUAUAAAGUCCACUACAAUAAGGAAAGUGGAGUGUGUAAAUUGGAGAUCUCCAUGACAUUUGCUGAUGAUGCUGGAGAGUACUCCGUCUUUGCCAGGAACCCGCUUGGAGAAGCCUCUGCCUCAGCUGGACUGCUGGAGGAAGGGGAAUAUGAAGAAUACAUGAAGAAACAUGAAAUGACAUAUAAGAGUGAAGUAAUUACAACGGUGCAGGUGGAUGUACCCCCUGUUGUUGUGAGCGAAUAUGACGACGACCAGAUGUAUAGGCAGAGGAGCAUGACACAGCAAGCACACGCACAAAUGCAAAGCUUUGUUUCAACACAGGAACUCCAGAUUUCUUCCUUUGAGGAGAGGAUUAUCCACGAGAUUGAGAUCCGCAUCUUGCAAAUUACCUACCAACAGAUUGUGACUGAGGAUCGGGAAGAGAUGGUGACUUGUGCAGAUCGUGAGGCUUUACAGUCAGCCUUUGCCACUCCAGUUAAAAACUACAGGAUCAUAGAAGGAAUGGGUGUUACUUUCCACUGCAAAAUGGCAGGAACUCCACUGCCCAAGAUUGCGUGGUACAAAGAUGGAAAGCGUAUCCAUCAUGGUGGCCGUUACCAGAUGGAGAGUCUUCAUGAUGGUAGAGCCAGCCUGCGUCUUCCUGUGGUGCUGCCAGAGGAUGAGGGUGUUUACACAGCAUUAGCUAGCAACAUGAAAGGCAACUCUGUGAGCUCAGGGAAACUGUAUGUGGAGCCCACUGCCGUUGCAGGAGCUCAGCGUUACACGCCAGAACCUCAGGCAAUGCAGAGAAUUAGGUCCCAGUCCCCAAGAUCUCUGAGCCGCUCUCCCGGACGCUCUACCAGUCGCUCUCCUGCACGCUCUCCUGGUCGCAGGCUUGAUGACACUGAUGAGAGUCAGCUGGAGAGACUGUACAAGCCUGUGUUUGUCUUGAAGCCACAGUCAUUCAAGUGCGCUGAAGGGCAGACUGCCAGAUUUGACCUGAAAGUAGUUGGUAGACCCAUGCCUGACACUUUCUGGUUCCACAAUGGGCAACAAGUUGUCAAUGAUUACACCCACAAGAUAGUGGUGAAGGAAGAUGGAACUCAGUCACUGAUUGUGGUUCCAGCUAUGCCCCAUGACUCUGGAGAAUGGACGGUAGUUGCUCAAAACAGAGCUGGAAAAAGCUCUGUGUCCAUGACACUUACAGUUGAUGCCAAAGAAAAUUUGAUCAGACCCCAGUUUAUUGAGAAGCUGAAGAAUGUCAGUGUCAAGAAAGGCACUCUGGUUGAGUUGGCGGUCAAAGCCAUCGGAAACCCCCUGCCUGACAUUGUUUGGCUGAAGAACAGCGACAUCAUCUCCCCACAGAAGCACCCAAAUAUAAAGAUUGAGGGCAUCAAGGGAGAAGCCAAAUUCCAUAUCCCACAGUCGGUGAGCUCUGAUAGUGCCUGGUACACAGCCACAGCCAUUAACAAAGCUGGAAGAGAUACCACUCGCUGCAGGGUCAACAUUGAGGUAGAUGCUGCUGAACCUGCGCCAGAGAGGAGACUCAUUAUCACCAAAGGAACCUACAAGGCCAAGGACAUAGCAGCUCCAGAGUUGGAACCCUUGCAUCUCCGUUAUGGUCAAGAGCAGUGGGAGGAGGAUGACCUAUAUGACAAGGACAAGCAGCAGAAACCACAGUUCAAGAAGAAGCUGACUUCUGUCAGGUUGAAGCGUUUUGGCCCAGUCCAUUUUGAAUGCAGACUGACCCCAAUUGGUGAUCCCACUAUGGUGGUUGAGUGGUUGCAUGAUGGCAAACCCCUGGCAGCUGCUAACAGAUUGCGCAUGGUUAAUGAAUUUGGCUACUGUAGUCUUGACUUUGAAGUUGCCUAUGCCAGAGAUAGUGGUGUCAUCACCUGCAGAGCCACUAACAAGUUUGGAGUUGAUCAGACCUCAGCUACACUAAUUGUAAAGGAUGAGAAGAGCCUUGUUGAGGAGACACAGUUACCUGAGGGCAGGAGGGAAAUACACAGAAUUGAUGAGAUGGAGCGCAUGGCUCACGAGGGAGGUCCUUCUGGAGUCACUGGGGAUGAGUAUUCAGAGAAGUCAAAGCCUGAAAUUGUCCUUCUUCCUGAACCAGCAAGAGUGCUGGAAGGUGACAUUGCAAGAUUCCGUUGCAGAGUGAUUGGCUAUCCCACACCUAAGGUUAACUGGUACCUCAAUGGACAGCUCAUUCGCAAGAGCAAGAGAAUGAGGCUUCGCUAUGAUGGCAUUUACUAUCUUGAGAUUAUAGAUAUCAAGUCAUACGAUGCAGGAGAUGUCAAAGUGGUAGCAGAGAACCCAGAGGGCACAGCUGAGCAUCUGGUGAAGCUCGAGAUCACACAGAGAGAGGACUUCAGAUCCAUCCUCCGUCGCGUCCCUGAACCAAAGGCACAUGACACUACUGAACAUGGGAGAGUUAGCUUUGAAGUUGUGAAGGUUGACAGACCAGCUGAUGCCCAGCCAAAGGAAGUUGUCAAACUGAGGAAGACUGAAAGAGUCAUCCAUGAGAAGUCCACAGAGGAGACAGAUGAGUUGAAGAGCAAAUUUAAGCGCAGGACAGAGGAAGGUUAUUAUGAAGCCAUCACUGCUGUGGAGCUAAAGUCCAAAAGGAAGGAUGAGUCCUAUGAGGAUAUGCUUAGGAAGAGGAAGGAAGAACUGCUUCAUCACAUGAAAGAGUUGACUGAGGCUGAGAAGAAGAAAGAGAUGGAGGAGGGUCAACUCACCAUACCCACAAUCAAACCAGAGAGAAUACAGCUCUCUCCCAGCAUGGAAGCUCCAAAGAUCUUGGAACGCAUUGCUAGCCAGACCGUGUCUCAGACCGAGGAAGUUCGCUUCAGAGUCAGAGUUGUCGGCAAACCAGAACCUGAGUGCCAGUGGUUCAAGAAUGGAAUUCUGCUGGAGAAGACCGAUCGAAUUUACUGGUACUGGCCUGAAGACCACGUGUGUGAAUUAGUGGUCAGAGAUGUCACAGCAGAAGACUCUGCUAGCAUCAUGGUCAAAGCCAUGAACAUUGCUGGAGAGACAUCAAGCCAUGCAUUCCUGCUGGUGCAAGCCAUUACAGUUAAUAGCUUUACUCAACAACUAGAGGAUGUGGAAGCUAAAGAGAAGGACACCAUGGCGACCUUUGAGUGUGAAACAAAUGAGCCGUUCGUUAAAGUCAAAUGGCUGAAGAACAAUUCAGAGAUUUUCUCUGGAGACAAAUACAGGAUGCACUCAGACAGAAAGGUUCAUUUCCUUUCUGUACUGAUCAUCAACAUGAAGGACGAUGCAGACUACAGUUGUGUUGUUGUUGAAGAUGACCACAUCAGGACCACUGCCAGACUCAAUGUGGAAGGUGCUUCACUGUCAAUUGUGAAGAGGCUGGAGAACAUUGAAGUGCCUGAGACCUACUCUGGGGAGUUUGAGGUUGAAUUAUCUCGAGAGGAUGCUGAAGGUACCUGGUAUUUCAAUGACAAGGAAAUCACUCCCAGCAGCAAAUAUGUUACCUCCUCCCGUCGUGGACGCCAUGCCUUGACUGUCAAAGACGUCAAGAAAGAAGAUCAGGGAAAAUAUACAUUCAAAAUUGCUGAUAUGCAGACCAGUGCCUCGCUGAAGAUGAAACUGCGCCCUGUGACACUGAUGCAACCCCUCACUGACCUGACAAUCUGCGAGGGUGACAUCGCUCAAUUAGAAGUGCGAUUUUCUCAGGAAAACGUUGAGGGAACAUGGAUGAAGAAUGGCCAAGCAAUCUCCGCUACAGAUCGCAUCCACAUCGUUAUCGACAAACAGGUCCACAAGCUGCUUGUUGAAAACGUGAGCAGAGACGAUGCUGCAACAUACUCCUUCGUUGUCCCAGCUCAGGAUAUCUCCACCUCUGGGAAGUUGAACAUUCAAACGAUUGAUAUUUUGAGCCCACUCACUGAUAUUACCGCAGUUGAGGGCACCAAGGCUGUUAUGGAGGCUAAAAUCUCUGCUGCUGAUGUUACCUCUGUGAAAUGGUACCACAAUGACAAACUUGUGAUGCCCAGUGAGAGAAUCCAGAUGCUUGCGAAGGGAUCCAAACAGCGCCUGGUAUUCCACAGGACCUUUGCCUCUGAUGAAGGAACCUACAAGCUAUGUGUUGGCAAAGCUGACUCUAGCUGUAAACUGACUAUUGAAAAAAUUCACAUCACCAAGCAUAUGGAGGAUCAAGUUUGCACAGAGACCCAGAAUAUAACAUUUAAAGUUGAGGUUUCCCACCCUGGCAUUGCCGCUGUGUGGACCUUCAAGAAACAACCACUCAAAGCUAGUCCAAAGCAUAAGAUUGAGGCCAAGGGCAAAAAUUACAGCCUGAGUGUCAUUAAUACCAUGAAGGAUGAAGAGGGAGAAUACGCAUUCGCUGCUGGUGAACAGACAUCCAGCGCAAAGCUUACUGUGUCAGGUGGUGCCAUAAACAGACCACUCCAGGACGUGACUGUGGCUGAGUCUCAGACAGCUGAGCUGGAGUGUGAGGUGGCCAACCCAACUGCUGAGGGCAAGUGGCUUAAGGAUGGACAACCCGUGAACUUCAGUGACAAUGUCAACCAUAUGAACAAUGGAGCUGUCAGACGUCUGGUCAUUGCCAUAACCAGACCCAAUGACAUCGGUGAAUACACUUACCAGGUCGCAAACUCCAAGACAACAGCCAACCUGAGAGUUGAGGCUGUGAAAGUCAAGAAGACACUGAAGAAUCAAACUGUUACUGAGACACAGGAGGCAGAGUUCAGUCUGGAGCUCACCCACAAGAAUGUGAAGGGCUCACAAUGGAUUAAGAAUGGUGUAGAGAUCAACCCAAGUGAGAAAUAUGAAAUCACAACUGAUGGCAUGGUCCACACCUUGAAGAUCAAGAACUGCGACACACGCGAUGAAUCAGUUUAUGGAUUCAAACUUGGGAAACUAUCUGCUAAUGCUAGAUUGAACGUUGAGACAAUCAAGAUUGUGAAGAAGCCUAAAGAUGUGACAUCACUAUUGGAUGCCACUGCCUCUUUUGAGCUGAGUCUGUCCCAUGAUGACAUCCCUAUCAAAUGGAUGUUCAAUAACAAGGAGCUUAAACCAAGUGAAAACGUCAAAAUACUGUCUGAGAGAAAAGCUCACAAGCUGACCAUCCAGAAUGUGAAGACUGACAACCAUGGAGAGUACACAGCUGUAGUUGGAAACCUGCAAUGCAGCGCAUCUUUAUAUGUUGAAGCUCUGCGUGUCACAAAACCCAUCAAGAACAUUGAAGUCCCAGAGACCCAUGUGGCCACUUUUGAAUGUGAAGUUUCACACUUCAAUGUCCCGUCCACUUGGCUAAAAGAUGGAGUGGAGAUAGAAAUGAGUGAAAAGUUCAGGAUUGUGGUGCAGGGCAAACUUCACCAGCUCAAGAUCAUGAACACUAGCAGAGAAGAUUCUGCAGAAUACACAUUUGUCUGUGGAAAUGACAGAGUCUCUGCCACUUUGACCGUCAAUGCCAUUUUGAUCACCAACAUGCUGAAAGACCUCAAUGCACAGGAGAAAGACACAAUCACAUUUGAAGUGAAUGUCAACUAUGAGGGCAUCACCUACAAGUGGCUCAAGAAUGGUGUUGAGAUUCCCUCCACAGACAGAUGCCAGAGCCGCACCAAACAGCUAACUCACUCGCUCACCAUCCGAAAUGUUCAUUUUGGUGAUAGUGCGGAGUACAAGUUUGUGGCUGGUUCUGCUGCGUCAGUAGCAAAGCUUUAUGUUGAUGCUCGCGUUAUUGAAUUCACCAAGCAUAUCAAAGAUAUCAAGAUUACAGAGAAGAAGAGGGCCACUUUUGAAUGUGAGAUCUCUGAGCCUAAUGUUCAGGUGAUGUGGAUGAAAGAUGGACAAGAGCUGGACAUUUCCGAAAGAUACACCGUAUCCACCGAGAAAUUUCUGCACCGUCUAAUGAUCCAGUCAGUCCGCAUGUCUGAUGCCGGAGAAUAUUCUGUUGUCGCUGGUGCAAGCGUGUCAAAGGCUUAUCUCACCGUGGAGGGCAAAGAUGUCCGCAUUACAGAGCCUGCUGAGAAGAAAAUGACGGUUGUUGAGAAACAAAGAACGACAUUUGAGUUUGAAGUCAAUGAGGAUGACAUUGAAGGUCGCUGGCUGAGGAACGGUGUUGAGCUCCAGUUUUCCGUUGAGCAGAGGUUUAGCUAUGUUUGCAUUAGAAAGCUCCAUCGUCUGACAAUCACUGAGACCUACAGAAGUGACGCAGGAGAAUACACCUUCAUCGCUGGCAGGAACAGGACCGUUGUGACACUUCAUGUCAACAUCCCUGAGCCACCUCAGAUCAUUAACCACAUGCAGCCCCUGUCUGUGGAGGCCGGCAAACCUGCUCGCUUCUCUGUGGAAGUGACUGGCGUCCCCCAGCCCCAGGUGUUCUGGUACAAGAACUCCCAGGCUCUCUCCCCAGGCUUCAAGUGCAAGUUUCUGCGUGAUGGGAAUGAGCACUGUCUGCUACUCAUUGAAGUGUUCCCAGAGGAUGCAGCGGUCUACAACUGUGAGGCCAAGAAUGAAGGUGGUGUUGCCACCAGUUCAGCUGCACUGAAUGUCGAAGUUUCAGAAGUUGUUUCUCCUGACACUGGAGCUCCUCUGUCCCCACCUACCAUCAUCUCACCAAUCAGCAACACCUCAACCACUGAGGGAGAGUCUGCCAGAUUCCAGUGCAAAGUUACUGGAGAAGCUCUGAAGAUGUCCUGGUACCGUGGUGAGAAGGAAAUUAAGCAGUCAGACUUCUUCAGGAUUUCUACAUUUGAUGACACCUGCCAACUGGAGCUCAGCAGAGUGUACUCUGAGGAUGAGGGGGAAUACACCUGUGUUGCCAGAAACGCAGGAGGAAUGGUCACAUGCUCUGCACGUUUGAAACUUGAUGGUGAGUUUGCAUACCUUUCUGAAGAGAUUGAAGCAACCAUUGAGCAAGAAGUCAAAGUGCCACCUGUUUUCAGGUACAAAAUUGUUCCCCUGGAGAUCAAUGUUGGCAGUGGAGCCAAGUUUGAAUGUGAAAUUGAAGAGGCACCAAAUGUGAACUUCAAAUGGUUCAAGUCUGGCACUUCGAUCAAAGAGAGUGCAAAUUGUCACAUUCUCAGUCAGCAACUGACAUCUUCAUUGGAGCUCCUGAGCCCAACCAAAGCUGACAGUGGUGAAUACACCUGCAAGGCUACAAACCAGCAUGGCAGUGACACCUGUGCUGCCAUACUGACAGUGACUGAACCUCCUGAAUUUGUGCUGAAAUUGCCAGUCACAAAGUUUGUGAAGAAGUGCGAGCCACUCCGUCUUGAAUGCAAAGUUAUGGGUGCGCCCUCUCUGCGAAUGCAAUGGUACAAAAAUGACACUAAGAUCACAGAAGGGGACAACUAUAGAACUUCAUUUGUUGACUCAAUGGCAGUCCUUGAGCUGCACACCACAAGAUUUGAAGACAAUGGAGUCUACACUUGUGAAGCAACCAAUGAAGCUGGAAGCAUAAGCUGCAGCACAACUCUUACAGUCAAAGACCCACCAUCUUUCCUCAAAGUACCUCAGCCAAUUGAAGGAAUGAAAGGAAAGGAUGCUAGCCUACACUGUGAGAUAAUUGGCACAGAACCCUUUGAGAUUACCUGGUCCAAAGACAAAACACCACUAAAAGAAAGUAGGAAAUAUAAGAUGGUGAAUGAGGGUACCUCUGCCACUCUUCAUAUGAUUGGAUUGGAAGCCUCAGAUGUUGGAGAGUAUGAGUGCAAGGCAUCAAACAGUGUAGGAUAUGAAACAUGCCAUACUACAAUUAAACUCAGAGAACCACCAACGUUUGUGAAGAAAUUGUCGAAUAUGACAUGCAUAUUGGGUGAAGAAGUCACCCUGACGGCCACUGUCAAAGGCUCUCAGCCAAUGACCGCGUCUUGGGUACAGGAUAAGGAUCACAUUCUCAGAGAUGGUGACAACCGGAAAAUUACCUUUGACAACAACCAGGUCACUCUUAAAGUCUUUAAAGCAGAUUUACUGACAAUGGGCAAAUACACCUGCCAACUCAGAAAUGAUGCCGGAGUUGUGGAAUGUUUUGCUAACUUGACUGUAUUAGAACCAGCUAAAGUUGUGGAGAGACCAGAGUCUUUCAGUGUGACUGCAGGUGAUAUUGCAGCUCUAGAAGUCAAAGUGUCGGGGACACCAGAGCUGAAACCAAAAUGGUUUAAGGAUGGAGUCGAGCUCUCCUCUGGACAGAAGUACAAAAUCUCAUUCUCAAAGAUGAUCUCCAGCUUGAAAGUUUUGUCUGCAGAAAAAAUUGACACAGGAGAAUAUACAUUUGAGGUCAAAAAUGAGGUUGGCAGUGAUCUCACCAAAUUAAACCUCACUGUACUAGAUAAAACUAUACCUCCAACAUUUACAAGGAAAUUGAAGGAUUAUCAACCUAUUGUUGGAAAAGCUGGUGAAAUGGACUGCAAAGUCUCUGGUUCCGCACCUUUCACCAUUACUUGGUACCAUGAUGGAGAGGAGAUCAAAACUGGCCCAAACUAUGAGAUUACAUUCAGUGACAACACCUGCACGCUCAAAGUGCCCACUCUUAAGUUGUCAGACUCUGGAGUGUAUAAAUGCAAAGCUGUAAACAAGGCAGGAACCAAUGAGACCAGUGCCUCUUUCAUUGUGAAAGAACCUCCUUCUUUCGUGAUGCCACCUCAGCCAUUGGAAGCAAUGCCUGGCACAAAUGUUUUGUUCUCAGCAAUUGUCAAAGGAAGUGCCCCACUGAAACUGAAGUGGUUCAGAGGCACCAAGGAAAUUUUGUCUGGAAAAGGCUAUGAAAUUGCUCUGCGGGACAGUACAGCUACUAUGGAGCUAUUCAAAAUUGACAAAUCCCACGCUGGAGAGUAUACAUGCCAGAUUAUUAAUGAUGCUGGAAAGGAAAGUUGCCCGGUUAACCUGUCUGUGAAAGAACCUGCGUGCUUUGUUAAGAAGCUGAAGGACCACUCUGUUGAAAAAGGGAAAUCAUUGGUACUUGAGUGCACAUACUCUGGAACCCCAAAGAUAUUUGUCACCUGGUAUAAGGACGGAAAACAGCUAUAUUCUUCUUAUAAGCACAAUGUCACUACCACUGAGACCUCCUGCAUCCUGGAGUGUUUAAACACCGAUGAUAAGGAAGCAAGUGGGGAAUACGCUUGUGAGGUUUCCAAUGAUGCUGGAAAGGAUACCUGCAAAKCACAAGUGUCCAUCUUAGAACCACCUCAUUUCAUUGAGAAUUUGGAGCCAAUGGAAGUGACUGCUGGUGAUGCAGUUUGUUUGAAAUGCCAUGUGGGCGGAACCCCUGAAAUAAAGGUGGCUUGGUUUAAGGCUGACGGAAAAGUGAGAUCCAGCCCUACUUGCAAAAUAGAAUAUUCCAAAGGAGUUGCUUGCUUGAAACUGAGCAAAGCAGCCAAGGCUGAUAUUGGUGAAUACACAUGCAAAGCAGAAAACAACAUAGGAUCAGCCUCAUCCACUUGCCGCCUCUCUGUCCAAGAGGCAAAAACUCCACCUACCUUCCCCAAGAAAAUAACCAGUCUUCAACAGACUGAGGGAAUGGAAGUCAAAUUUGAGUGCCGCGUGGCAGGCUCCUCGCCCAUUGAGGUCUCUUGGCUUAAAGACGGUGAAACUCUGAAAUCCACCGACUAUACCAUGAGUUAUGAUGAUAACACUGCUGCCCUUAAAAUAACCAGAGGUGAAAUGAGACACUCUGGGGAAUACACUUGUGUUGCUACCAACAGCGUUGGGACUGCAUCCUGCAGAGCCAAACUCACUCUUCAAGAGCCAAGAUAUCCCCCUGUCUUUGAUAAAAAGCUGUCACCCAUGGUGGACAUUUCAGUGGGUGAUAGUGUGGAAUUGGAAUGCCACACGACUGGAUCUUUGCCAAUAAAAGUCACUUGGUCAAAGGAUCACAAAGAUAUUCGAUCAGGGGGAAAUUACAAGAUGUCCUGCGUGGAUAACACCCCACACCUUACUAUAUUGAAAGCAGCUAAAGCAGACUCUGGCCGCUACUUUUGCCAUGCCACUAAUGACAUUGGAAAGGACUCUUGUUCCACUGAAAUUACUGUCAAAGAGCGCAAAAUCCCACCUACCUUCACCAAAAAGCCCACAGAGACCCUUGAGGAUACAGAGGGAAAGAUGGUGAAAAUUGAGGCACGUUUGUCUGGUUCUCAGCCCAUGACCAUCAAUUGGUACAAAGAUGACAUUGAGAGGCACAGCUCUGAUCACUAUGACAUGUCCUUCAAGAGCAAUGUGGCUGUGUUGUGUAUCAAGAGCUCCGAAGUCUCAGACUGUGGCAGGUAUACCUGCAAAGCCACCAAUGAAGCUGGCACUGCCUCUUGCGAAGUGACAGUUACCAUAACUGAACACAAGAAGCCCCCUACAUUUGACCCCGCUCUCAAACCUGUCACGCUGACCGAGGGAGAGAACCUGCAUCUUAACUGUCAUGUCCAUGGAUCCCCUCCUAUGAAGAUUCAGUGGAUGAAGGACAGAAAAGACUUGAAAAACACUUCCAGCACUAAAAUAAUUUUUGCAGAUGACGUUGCCUCUUUGGAGGUCAUGCGCGUAUCAAAGAAUGAUGCAGGGGACUAUCUCUGCAAGGCAACCAAUGAAGCUGGUAGUGAAUUCUGCAAGGCCAAAGUGACUAUCAAAGAGAAAUCCAAAGCAGCACCUAAACCCGCUGAAGAGGAAUCAACAGCAGCACCAGUAAAGAAACUGGACAACUUGUUCUUCAUCGAGGAGCCCAAGCCUUGCCAUGUAGCCGAGAAGGGCACUGCAACGUUCAUCGCCAAGGUUGGAGGUGAUCCCAUUCCUAACGUGAAAUGGAUGAAGGGCAAGUGGAGGCAGAUCACUCAUGGUGGUCGCAUCACUAUUGAGCAGAAAGGCCCAGAUGCCAAGUUAGAGAUCAGAGAAAUAACAAAGUCUGACUCCGGACAGUACAGAUGUGUCGCAACUAACAAAGCUGGAGAAAUAGAAUGCAACACCGACAUGCAUGUUGAGGAAAGGAAAGAGGUGGUCGGAGUUGAGGGAGACUUCAGAGCUAAACUGAAGAARACUCCAUCUAAGCAGAAGAGUCCCCAGGAAGAGAAAGACAUUGACAUUGUAGAGUUGCUCAGAAAUGUGGACCCUAAGGAGUAUGAGAAAUACGCCCGCAUGUAUGGAAUUACUGACUACCGUGGACUUCUUCAGGCCAUUGAGCAGCUGAAGAGGGAGAAAGCAGAAGAAAGUGGAAGACCGGAACCGGAGAGAGAGAGAGAAUCGGACGAGGAUUUGGCUGCUCUUGUGGCUGAUUUGCAAAAGAGAAUGGAACGUACUGAGCCUGUCACCGUGAAUAAGGACAUAACAGAUCAAUCUACAGUCACCAACAAGGUUGCCACCUUUGAGUGUGACAUCAAGAUCAACUUUCCAGAGAUCACCCUGUCCUGGUACAAGGGAACUCAGAAGCUUGACAACAAUGACAAAUAYGAAAUCAACAUUGUUGGUGACCGUCACAUUCUGAAGAUCAAGCAGUGUCAAACCAAAGACCAGGGCAACUACCGUGUUGUAUGUGGCCCACAUAUCUCCAGUGCCAAAUUGACUGUUAUCGAGCCUGAGGUUGAGAAACAUCUGGAGGAAGUUGCGUGUAAGGAGGGGCAAACAUGUACACUGUCUUGCCAGUUUUCUAUCCCUAAUGUCAAAACACAGUGGUUUAAGAAUGGAAAGCUUUUAGAAAUGAAGGGCAGAUACUCGCAUGAGGUGGUCAACAAGAUUCAGAGGCUGUCGAUUAAAGACCUCCGACCAGAAGACCACGGACGCUAUACCUGCAGAUAUGACAACCUUGAAUCAACUGCAGAUCUAUGGGUUGAAGCCCCGAGAGUACCUGUUGAGGAGGAGUCCGUCCAGAGUAAGAAGGUUGGAAUGAGGGAGGAAAUGCCACAAAAAGUUUCUGAAGUGCACAAGAAACCCGAGGAGAAGGCUAAACCAGCKGAGGCAGCAGUACCACAUAAAGUACCUGAAGCCAAAAAGCCAGUGGAGGAGAAGAUAACUGCAGAGGUUGUCCCAGAGAAACUUCCCUCUCCAAAAGAAGAACAUGAAGAAGCAAAGGCACCUUUCCAUAAGCCAGCUGAGAAACCUGAACAGGUUCCAUUAAAGAAAGAUGUCCCUCAAGCUGCACCCCAUGUUGCGGAGCCAAAAGCUGAGCCAAAACCAGAGCCUAAAGUUUCACCUGUGGCUAAGGUUGAACCUGAACCGAAGGGUGCACCUAUAAAGAAACCAGAGUGUCCACCAUCCAAAGUUCCUGAGAAAGCUAAGAAACCAGAGGCUUCAAAACCAGAAUCAGAAAUGCCAGCGGCAGUUAAAAGGCCAGAGACUGCAUCUACUCCUUCUCCAAAGGAGCCAGAGCCUACUCCUGCUGCAAAGAAGGUCCCAUCACCACAAGUGCCAGAAGCACAAAAAAGACAGGAGGUAACUCCGCAGAGACCAGCUACCAUCCCUCAAAAAGUGGACAGAGAGGACAUAGAGCCUCAUUUGCAACCUGUGCCAGAACAAGUUCCUGUGGAAGAAAGAAAACCAGAACCUCUUAAGGUUGCCAGAAAGCCUGAAUCAGUUAUUGUGACGCCAAAGGAAGAUACACCGCAAAAAGGUAGGGAUUUAUGCACUAACUUAUUAAUGGAGCCCAAACAAAAGCCUGUACCUGUUGAGAGGGUAGCUGAGAAAAAACCUACUGAAAAGGUACCUGUUGAGAGGGUACCUGAGAAAAAACCUACUGAAAAGGUACCUGUUACUAAACCUAAAAAGGAGAUGGAAGAAGAAAAGAAAGUUCCAACUUCAGAAAUAGAAGUUAUGCCACAAAGAAAAGGAACUCCGCCAGACACAGAACUUCAAGUGACUUCUAGUCUUCAGAUGGCUGAGAAAAAGAGAUCUUCGAAAACUCACGAGUUGUGGGAGGUUUCCGACACGAUGGAGAGAGCUCCUCCAAUAGAAGAAGUAUUUCAGUAUGAAGAAGUGGGGCAUGAAUAUGAAGAGGUGUCAUAUGAGAACAAAGGUGAUAUAUUGGACAAUAGCACUACAUCGACAUUCCAACAGAAGAUUUCAGUGACAACAAAAGAUAUCCUUCCAGAAAAAGUAUCUGUCCAAAAAGAUAAAAAGUCAGAUAUGAAACAUGAACCAUCUCUUAGUGAGGUUUCCAAGAGGAAAGAUAGAGCUACUAAGGUUUUUACUACACCGAAACCAAAGGAAAGAAGUGCUGUUGAAAUUAGGUCUGAUCUAGAGGCAGAUUUACCAGCCAAACAGGAUCGAUCUCUUCAGAGGGAGUCUCAUGAAUCGUCCACAGAAGGAGAAGAAACACUUCUCAGUGUUUACACUGCAAGUUUAGUGUCUAGAGAGGAAGAGGGUACAGGCAUCAAAACUAAGGGAACUCCUUUUGUUGAUGUAGUUGAGUUAAAGACAGAACAGGCUACAAUUAAAGAUAUACCUAUCCAUCAAGUAGUUCAAUCUACAGAAGAACAUUUUGUCCGGAAAACUGCCAAAGUUACUACAAAAGACAGUGUACCUAUAAAGAAGGAGACUGUAUCUUUGGAAGUAUUAAAUUAUGAAAAAGUGGACACUGAACUCCAAAAAUAUGAAGAAGUUUCCAUCAUGAAGCAAGGAAGUGCUAGUAUGAGGGAAGAAAUAUCUAUGAAAAAGUMUCCUAAUAUGCAGCAGGUAGUUAAGGGUGAAAGCAAGGCUAUAGACACAGAUAAAAAAGUGGAAGAAAAGAAAACAGACAUUGUAAAGAAAAAGGAAAUGACCACCAGGGUAUCAGACAAGAAGGAAGAGUCAGGCGGAAGACAGGAGAUUCAUGUUAAGACAGAUUAUAGUUCUCCAAGAAAAUUAUCUCCCCAGGAACAUGAAGAAUAUGUUUCUAAACAAGAGGCAUCUGUUAUGGAUGUUUCAGAGAAUAUAAAURCAGCCACAGAUAUUAUUUCCCCCAAACCAACAGCAAGAAAGGAAACUGACAUUCGAUCUAACCAAGAAGAGGCUAAAGUAGACACUAAGCCUAAAUCAGAGCCUAAACUAGAGGAUAAAAUAGAGUCUAAGCCAGAGCCUAAACCAGAGGUUAUGCCAGAGCCUAAGCCUAAACCAGAAUCUAAGCCUAAACCAGAGGCUAAACCAGAGCCUAAGUCUAAACCAGAGUCUAAGCUCGAAUCUAAACCAGAGGCUGAGCCAGAGGCUAAAAUAGAGCCUACACCUAAAUCAGAGCCUAAGCUAGAGGCUAAAAUAGAGGCUAAGCCAAAACCUAAACCAGAUGUUAAGCUUAAACCUAAGCCAGAGGCUAAACCAGAGCCUAAAUCUAAACCAGAGUCUACGCUUGAACCAAAACCAGAGGCUGAGCCAGAGGCUAAAAUAGAGCCUAAGCCUAAAUCAGAGCCUAAGCUAGAGGCUAAAAUAGAGGCUAAGCCAAAGCCUAGACCAGAUAUUAAGCUUAAGCCUAAGUCAGAGGCUAAACCAGAGCCUAUAUCUAAACCAGAGUCUAAGCUUGAACCUAAACCUGAGGCUAAACCAGAGAAGACUGUUGUUACUGUAGGGGUGAAAGACUCACCUCCACAGCCCCCUGAGCCAAUUGUAAAGAAAGUGACUACACCAGAGAAGACUGUAGUUGCUGAGGAGGUGGAAGAAUCACCUCCAAUGCCACUUGUAAGGAAAGUGGCUAAACCAGAGUCGAAGCCAGAGAAGAAGGCUAUUACUGAAGAUGUGUUUCUUUCAAGUGAAGAAGAUGUUGCAACUCGAAAAGUACCAGCAAAGGAGAAGGAAUCACCCCUACAACCUGUUCGACCACUUACAAAGAAAGUGCCUAAACCASAGAAAACAGUUGUUGCUGAGGAGGUGAAAGAAUCACCCCCAAAACCGGCUGAGCCACUUGUAAAGCGAGUGUCUUUAGCAGAGUCUAAGCCAGAGAAAACUAUUGCUGAAGAGGUGAAAGAAUCACCUCUUAAGCCGAUUGAGCCACUGGCUAAGAAAUUAUCUAAACCAGAGUCUAAGCCAGAGACCAAGCCAGAGAAGGUGGCAAAGAAAACAGCUAUUGCUGAAGAGGUGAAGGAAUCACCUCCAAAGCCCACUGAGCCACUUCCUAAAAAAGUGCCUAAGCCAGAGACUAUGGUUAUUGCUGAGGUAGAAUCUCCACCAAAGCCUACUGAGCCACUUGCAAAGAAAGUCGCUAAGACAGAGACUACGCCAGAGAAGACAGCUAAUGCUGAAGAAGAUGUUCCCAAAAAAGUUCCAGCAAAGGAAUCACCUCCAAAGCCUGCUGAGCCUCUUGCAAAGAAAGUGCCUGCACCAGAGAAAACAGCUAUUUCUGAACAGGUGGAGUCACCUCGAAAGCCUGCUGAGCCACUUCUUAAGAAAGUGUCUUUGCCAGAGUCUAAGCCUGAGCCUAAGUCUGAGCCUAAGCCAGAGAAGAAGGCUGUUGCUGAGCCUCCAAAGCCAGUGGAGCCACUUGUAAAGAAAGUCUCUAAACCAGAGAAGAAGGCUGUUGCUGAAGUGGUGUCAAGUGAAGAUGUUGCUGCCCAAAAAGUACCAUUAAAGGAGAGCAAAACAUCUCCAAAGCCCACUGAGCCACUUGCAAUGAAAGUCAGUCCUCUUGAAGCUCCUCAAGAUAAGAAAAAGACUACACAGGAAACAAAGCCUGCCUUCCAAGUUGUUUACUUUUCCUUAAUUUCCCUACUAGGUGAAGGCAAGCAGGCACCUGGACCUGCUAAGAAAGAUGGAAAGCCAGCAGAAGAAGCAGGCACAGGCAGAGGUAGAGGUAGAGGCCUCAAAGCAGGCAAAACCCCAUCCCCUGGUGAAGGCAGGGGUAGAGGACUGAAACCCGGUGGUGGAGGAGACAAACCACCCGAUGCUAAUCCUUUCGGAUUCCAGCUUAAAGCAGUUCCACUGAAGUUCACGAAACCGCUCAAAGACAUAGUGUUACAAGAAGGUGACGCUGUUGGUGCUUCUGCUACGUUUGAGUGUGAGGUUUCACCUUCUACUGCUGUAACUACAUGGAUGAAAGAUGACAGCAACCUAAGAGAGAGUCCAAAACACAAAUUCACCUCUGAUGGCAAAGAUCGCAGACUAGCCAUUAUUGACGUCCAACUUUCUGACACUGGAGAAUAUACCUGUGUGGCCAAGCUGGGCAACAAGGAAAAGACAACGACUGCUAAACUCAUUGUUGAAGAACUGCCCGUGAAGUGGGUGAAGGAGCUGGAUGAGGAGACGUCAGUCCUGAAGGGGCAGCCUAUGUACCUGACCUGUGAGUUGAACAAGGAGAGAGAAGUGACCUGGAUGAAGAGUGGUAAGGUCCUCAAAGUAAUCCCUGGAAAGGUGGCCAUCAACGUCAUUGGAAUGCAACACGCCGUUACGAUCCAGAACACGGGCGAUGACGACGCUGGAAUCUACGCAUGCGAGUGUGAACUCAUCAGGACCAAAACAACUGUCAAAAUCAUUGAAAUUAUCAGAGACUGGUUGGUGAAACCAUUGAGAGAUCAGCAUGUGAAACCCAAGGCCAAUGCCACUUUCAAGUGUGAGCUCUUCAAAGAAACACCCAACUGGAAGUUUUUCAAAGGCAACGAUGAGAUUACUAAUGAUCCUACUGACAAGACUGAGGUCAAGAAAGAAGGAAAAGUCUUGACUCUCACAAUAAAGAAUGCACAGCCCGACGAUAUCGGAGAAUAUGCCAUGGAAGUUGAAGGUCACAGAUACACAGCUAAACUGACUCUUGGAGAACGUGAAGCUCAGAUCUUGAAGCCUCUCUCCAGUUGUGAGGUGGUCGAGAAAGAGGAUGUUACAUUUGAAACGGAGAUAUCUGAAGAGGAUGUGCCUGGAGAAUGGAAACAUAGAGGGCAGGUCUUAACAAGAUCACCGACAUGUGAGAUCAAAAUGGAGGGCAAGAAACGUUUCCUAACUCUGAAAAGUGUUCCACUGGACGCGUCUGGUGAAGUGUCUUACACAGCUCUGAAUGCUGUCACUAGUGCUGUGCUCACAGUCAAGGAACUGGAAAUGGACUUCACAGUCCCCUUGAAGGACGUGUCUGUACCUGAAAAGAAACAGGCUAUGUUUGAGUGUACUAUCACAAAGGAUGUGCCUAAAGUCAUGUGGUUUAAGGGUUCUGACACCAUUGGUACAUCAGACAAAAAAUAUGAAAUUAUCAAUGAUGGAAAAAAACACAUGUUGGUCAUUAACAAUUGUGAGUUUGAUGAUGAGGGAAUUUACAGUAUUGAAGCCUCGGGCAAAAAGUCAACUGCUACACUCACUGUGGAGGGUAUGAGGCUCAAAUUUGAAUUGCCACUUCAGGACCAAAUUGAGAAGGAAGGUAACACUGCUCGGUUUGAGCUUGAGCUCUCUCAUGAGAAUGUACCUGUGACAUGGUACAAAAAUGAAACCAAACUCCAUGUGAGCCGAACCGUGCUCAUCUAUAGUCGUGGAAAGAAACAUACACUAGAAAUCAAGGAGUUGACUCUAGAUGAUAUCUGCCAGAUUAAGGCAGAGGCUAAAGGAAUUCCCUCAAUGGCAAACCUGACGGUGAUAGAGGGUGAUGCAUACUUCGUAGUGAAGUUGCAGGAUUAUACUGCAGUCGAGAAAGACGAAGUAACUCUGGACUGUGAACUCAGCAAAGAUGUCCCAGUCAUGUGGUACCAUAAUGAGACUGAAAUUAAGGCCUCUAAGAUGGUAACCAUAAGUGCUGAAGCGAAUCGAAGAGUGUUGUCCAUUAAGAAAGUGGAUGACAGAGAUAAGGGACAAUACAUAUGUGAUUGUGGAACGGACAAAACCCUGGCAAAUAUUAACAUCGAGGCUCGAGAUAUAAAGAUAACUCGCCCAAUGUAUGGCGUUGAGGUCUUUGAUGGUGAGACCGCUCGUUUUGAGGUAGAAAUCUCUGAAGAUGAUGUCCAUGGCCAGUGGAAACUGAACGGAGAAGUCCUUACUCAAUCCCCUGACAUUGAAAUCAUAGAGGACGGUGCAAAGCACACGCUGAUAUUGUACAAUCUCAAGGCCCCCUUGUCAGGGGAGAUUGGAUUUACAGCUGCCAAUGCUAAAUGUGUKGCUAAUCUGAAAGUGAAAGAGAGUCCUAUUACAUUUGUCACACCUUUGAGUGAUGUGCAAGUGUAUGAAAAGGAUGAGGCCAGAUUUGAGUGUGAGGUGUCAAGAGAACCCAAGAGCUUCCGUUGGUUCAAGGGAUCUCAUGAGUUGACAGCUGAUGAUAAGUUUGAUAUUACCCAUGAGGGAAAAAGACACACUCUGGUGGUCAAAUCUGCCGCAUAUGAGGAUGAAGCUAAGUACAUAUUUGAGGCAGAGGACAAGAGAACCACUGGCAAACUAGUUAUCCAAGGAAUUCGCCUUGAGUUUGUCAAGCCCAUUAAGGAUGUCACUGUCAAGGAGCGUGAGACGGCAGAGUUCAGUAUUGAACUCUCACAUGACAACAUCCAGGUCACCUGGUACAAGAACGGUGUGCGUUUGCAUCCCAGCAAAGUUGUGCACAUGUCAGACGAUGGCACGAUGCACAAAUUGACCUUCAAGGAGGUGUCCAUUGAUGACACAUCAAUGAUCAAAGUAGAAGCCAUGGGCAAAAGCUCAGAGGCCAUGCUCACAGUCCUCGAGGGAAAGCCUUACUUCACGACAAAACUGCACGACUACUCAGUCACUGAGAAGGAUGAACUGACAAUGGUUUGUGAACUGAGCAAGCCCAAUGCAGAGGUGAAAUGGUUCAAAGGUGGCCAGCAAAUCACUCCCUCCAAGAAUGUGGCCAUCAAAGCCGAUGGAAAGAGGCGUAUGCUGAUCAUUAAGAAGACAGAGAAAGCCGACAUUGGAGAAUACACCUGUGAUUGUGAUUCGGAUAAAACUACGGCCAAGCUCAACAUUGAAGAGCGUGACAUUAAGUUUGUCAGGCCCCUGUACAGCGUGGAAGUCACAGAAACUGAAAUUGCCAAGUUUGAGACUGAGAUCUCUGAGGAGGAAGUACAUGGUCACUGGAAACUCAAGGGAGAGGCCCUUCAUCAGUCUGCUGACUGUGAGAUUAAGGAGGAGGGUACAAGGCAUGUGCUGAUCCUGUACAACGUUCGCAUGGAUCAGGCCGGAGAAGUUGACUUCCAGGCUGCCAAUGCUAAAUCCAAUGCUCAGCUUAGAGUUAAAGCGCGAGUGAUCGGCCUGCUGCGGCCUCUCAAGGAUGUAACUGUUACUGCCGGGGAGACCGCCACUUUCGACUGUGAACUGUCAUAUGAAGGAAUUGCUGUGGAAUGGUUCCUAGGGGGUGCAAAGUUGGAGCCAAGUGACAGAGUGGUCACCCGAGCAGAAGGCAAAACUCACACUCUGACUCUCAGAGAUGUCAAGAUUUCAGAGGAUGGGGAAGUUAAACUCACUGCAAAGGAUUUCCAGAUUGAGGCCAGACUACAUGUGAAUGAGCCACCAAUUGAGUUCAGCAAGCCUCUGGAGGACCAGACAGUUGAGGAAGAGGCUACUGCUACUUUGGAGUGUGAAGUCUCCAGAGAAAAUGCUGAGGUCACGUGGUUCCAGGACGGACAGGAGAUACGCAAAACUAAGAAAUAUGACAUUGUUGCCGAUGGCCGCAAGAGAAGACUAAUCAUUCAUGGCUGCACUCUUGAUGAUUCAAAAACAUAUACCUGCGACGCCUCAGAAUUCAAAACCUCUUGCUUCCUUAACGUUGAACCUCCACAUGUUGAGUUCUCUACGCCACUCCAUGAUGUUGAGGUCAAAGAAAAGGACUCUGCCAGAUUUGAAUGUGAAGUAUCUCGCGAAAAUGUCAAGGUCCGUUGGUUGAAGGACAGCAGUGAAAUCAGAAAGGGAAAGAAAUAUGAAAUAAUUGCCGAAGGUCGCCAACACAUUCUCAUCAUCCACAAAUCAGUGUUCGAUGAUGAAGCAGAAUAUGAAUGUGAUGCAAAGGUCUCCAAAUCCUCCGGCAUGCUUACAGUCAUUGAGGAAGAGGCUAGGUUCACCAGGAACCUGUCUAACGUGGAGGGAACAGAAACAGACAGCGUGAAGAUGAUUUGUGAAGUGUCAAAGGCCGAUGCUGAUGUCAUGUGGUAUAAAGGAGACCAGGAACUGCCAGAGGGAGGAAGAUACGAUCAGAUCGUAGAUGGCAGGAAGAGGAUACUCAUCAUUCAGGAUCUCAAAACAGAUGAUGCUGGAGAGUACCAUUGCAAAUUGUCCAGCUCACAGACAACUGGAAACCUGAARAUAAAUGAACUGGCUGCUGAGUUUAUCUCCAAGCCUCAGAGUCAGGAGGUGGUUGAGGGAGAAAAGGCUGAGUUUGUCUGCUCAGUCUCUAAAGACACAUUCAUUGUCAAAUGGAUGAAGGAUGAUCAGGAGCUAGAAAAAGGGGACAAGUACGACAUUGUCUGUGAUGGCAAGAGAAGAAUACUUGUUAUCAAGAACUCUGAACCCAAGGAUGAGGGAGCCUAUGUUGCCCUCAUUGGUACCACCAGAGCUACAGCUGACCUGUUUGUUCUUGAAAAACUCAGGAUCAUUACACCAAUCAAAGACACAGAAGCUAAAGAGGGACAAGAGAUGGUCUUCAACUGUGAGGUGAACUCUGAGGGAGCUAAAGCUAAGUGGCUGAAGAACGAUGAGACCAUGUUUGAGAGCAGCAAGUUCGUCAUGAUCCAGAAAGACAACGUGUUCUCUCUGAGGAUCAAGGAUGCUGAGAAGUYAGAUGAAGGGAACUAUACUAUUACAUUGACAAACCACCGUGGUGAACAUGCCAAGAGCUCUGGCAAACUUACCGUAAAAGAGGAGAGUCUGAAGAUCAUUGUACCUCUUGAGGACUGYGACACACAGGAAAAGAAGACUGUUAGCUUCUCUUGCAAGGUCAACAGGCUGAAGGUUACUCUGAAAUGGAUGAAGGCUGGUCAGGAGAUCACACUCAGCAAACGCAUCCUCUACAGGGUGGACCAAUACAAGCACACACUGACCAUCAAGGACUGUACUCUUGCUGAUGAGGGUGAAUACACCGUCAUGGCUGGUGAUGACAAGUCUACAGCUGAGAUGAUCAUCAGCGAAGCCCCCACUGACUUCUCCGCACAACUCAAAGACCAGACCAUCACUGAGUUUGAGGAUGCUGAGUUCACCUGCAAACUCACCAAGGAGAAGGCUGAGGUGAAAUGGUACAGGAAUGGACGUGAGAUCAGAGAGGGACCAAGGUACAUCUUUGAAAAAGAGGGCAAGACCUGCAGGCUGCGUAUCAAGGAGUGCAGACCAGAUGAUGAGUGUGAAUAUUCUUGUGGCGUCGAUGAAAGGAGAUCACAUGCCCAACUCUUUGUUGAAGAGACCGCAGUUGAGAUUGUCAGACCACCUCAGGAUGUGUUUGAGCCUCCAGGCUCUGAUAUUGUGUUUGAGGUGGAGCUCAACAAAGACAGAGUUGAGGUCAAAUGGUUGAGGAACAACAUGACCAUUGUCCAGGGUGACAAGUACCAGAUGAUGAGCGAGGGCAAGAUCCACAGACUCCAGGUGUGUGAGAUCAGGCCUCGUGACCAGGGAGAGUACAGAAUCAUCGCCAAAGACAAGGAUGCCAGAGCCAAGCUGGAACUGGCAGCUAAGCCAAAUAUCAAGACUAUGGAUCAGAGCUUAGUAACAGACGCUGGAAAGCCCAUCGUCAUGUUCGUGCCCUACAGCGCGUAUCCUAAAGCUGAGGCUGAGUGGUUCUAUGAUAACGUCAGCCUGCCCAAGGACAACAUCCACACCGUUGGGGACAGCACAGAAUACAGGCUGAAGGACCCUAAGAAGUCCGAUCAGGGACAAUACAAGGUUAUCAUCAAGAACAAACACGGACAGGGAGAGGCAUUCAUUACUCUGGAUGUCAUUGAUGUCCCUGGACCCGUGAAGAGCCUUCACGUGGUUGACACCGCCGAUGGUGAGGUCAGCCUGGUCUGGGAAGAGCCAGAGAGCGAUGGUGGCAGCAAGAUCAUUACAUACUUGGUGGAGAGGCGUGAUGUCAAGCGCAAGACAUGGACUCUUGCAACUGACCGCUCCGACGCUCCAGAAUACACUGUCACCGGACUCCAGAGGGAAUCCAUGUACCUAUUCCGUGUUUGUGCUCGCAACAGAGUGGGCAGUGGACCAAAUGUUGAGACAGAGAAACCUGGUGUUUAUGCCAAGAACAAGUUUGAUGUUCCUGAUGCUCCUCAGGAUGUGAGUGUUGGAAACGUGAGUAAGUUUGGUGCCACAGUCUCCUGGGAAAAACCAGUGUCUGACGGAGGGUCUGAGAUCACAUCCUACAUCAUUGAGUCCCGUGACAGGACCUCUGUGAAGUGGGCUGUGGCUAUGAUCACUAAAGCAACAGAUCGCAGCGCGAUCAUCAACGAUGUCAUUGAGAACAAGGAAUACAUAUUUCGUGUCAUGGCUGAAAACAAGGCUGGCAUUGGCAAACCAAGUGCUGCUACCAAUCCAGUUAAGAUCAUGGACCCCAUUGAGAGGCCAAGCCCACCACAGAACCUGGUACCCUCRGAGCAGAACAAGAACUCAGUCCAGCUGACAUGGGAGAUCCCAUUGAAGAAUGGAGGCAGCAUGAUCACUGGCUACAUCAUUGAGAGAUGUGAGGACGAAACAGACCAUUGGCUCAGAUGCAACGCCAGGCUCUGCCAGGAUCUCACAUACAAGAUAUCUGGCCUGAAAUAUGGUAAAAAAUACAACUACAGGGUGAUGGCUGAGAAUGCAGCUGGAGUGUCUGACCCAUCCAACACACUGGGACCCAUGCUGGCUGAUGAUACACAUGUUGGCCCCACAAUGGACCUGAGUGGAUUCAAGGAUGGCCUGGAGGUCAUUGUUCCUUAUCCCCUUACUAUCCGUGUCCCUAUCUCUGGAUAUCCCACACCAAACGCAAAGUGGAGCUUCGCUGAUAAGGAACUCACUGCUGGUGAACGUGUGUCCAUGAUUACAAAGAGUACCUACGUAGAACUGACCAUCACUCCAAGUGUGCGUCCAGACAGAGGUGUAUACACUCUUACUCUGGAGAAUGAUAUUACCAGUUGCUCCGGAGAGAUUGAAGUCAACGUUAUCGCAUCCCCAAGUGCACCCAAAGACUUCAAGGUUGCCGAGGUGACCAGACAACAUGUGCACCUGAUGUGGGAGGCGCCAGAGCAUGAUGGAGGAAGCCCUCUGACUGGCUACCAGAUUGAGAAACGUGACGUAUCCCGCAAGACCUGGGUCAAGGUGAUCACUGGUGUUCAAGACCAGGAGUUCACUGUCACUGAUGUCGUUGAGGGUAAAGAGUAUCUGUUCAGGGUUACUGCCUGCAACAAGUGUGGCCCAGGAGAGCCUGCCUACAUUGACGAGCCAGUCAAUGUGUCCUCCCCUGCCACCGUGCCAGACCCACCUGAGAACCUGAAAUGGAGGGACAAGUCAGCUUCUGGCAUCUUCCUGACCUGGGAACCACCCAAGUGGGACGGCGGUACUGGAAUCAAGGGCUACAACAUAGAAAGGUGCCAGCGUGGCACAGACAAGUGGGAGUCCUGCGGAGAUCAGGUCCCUGAGUUGAAAUUGCAAGUGACUGGUCUCAUUGAGGGACAGUGGUACGCCUACCGUGUGAAGGCCUUGAACAGACUGGGUGCCAGCAAACCCUGCAAGGCUACAGAUGAGAUUUUGGCUGUUGAUCCUAAAGACCCCCCAGAGAUUCUUCUGGAUGUUAAAUGUCUUGCUGGACUCACCGCCAAAGCUGGCUCUAAGAUUGAGCUUCCAGCUGAUGUUCUUGGAAAGCCCGUACCUAAAGUAAAAUGGACCAAGGGUGACAUGGUUCUGAAGGGUGACGAUAGAGUUUCUAUUGACGACAAGCCUGGUCACUCCGUUGUUACUAUCAGCAAGACAACAAGAGAGGACACAGCUACCUACAUCAUUGAAGCACACAACAGCUGUGGCCGUGCUACUGCAACCGUUGACGUCAACAUUCUAGAUAAGCCUGGUCCUCCAGCUGCGUUUGAUAUCUCUGAGAUCACCAACAAGUCCUGUUUCCUGGCCUGGAACCCUCCCAGAGAUGACGGAGGUGCAAAGGUCACUAACUACAUAGUGGAGAGGAGAGCCGCAGAAAGCGAGAUCUGGCACAAGCUCUCCUCCACUGUCAAAGAGACCAACUUCAAGGCCCUCGACCUGACGGCUUUCAAGGAAUACAUCUUCAGAGUGUUUGCUGAGAACCAGUUUGGUAUUGGUGUGCCAGCGGAACAUGUGCCAAUCAUUGCCAGAUAUGCCUUUGAUUCUCCUGGUGCGCCAACCAAGCUGGAGCCUUCUGAUAUUGUUAAAGAUGGCCUGACUCUGAAUUGGUAUGAGCCUGAAGAGGAUGGUGGCAGUCCUAUCACUGGGUACUGGGUUGAGAGGUUUGAACCAGACCAGAACAGAUGGAUCAGAUGCAACAAGAUCCCAAUCASAGACACAACAUUCAGAGUCAAAGGACUACCCACAAGGAAGAAGUAUAAGUUCAGAGUCUUGGCUGAGAAUCUCGCCGGACCUGGAAAACCAAGCAAGGAAACUGACCAGAUCUUGGUCAAGGAUCCUAUUGAUCCUCCAUGGGCUCCUGGUAAGCCAACUGUCAAAGACGUGGCCAAGACCUCUGCCUUCCUACAGUGGACCAAGCCUGAGCAUGACGGUGGUGCCAAGAUCGAGGGCUACAUCAUUGAGCUCCUGAAGAGUGGAACUGAGCAGUGGGUCCGGGUUUCAGAAGGAAUCAAUAUCCUGGAGCACUUCCUGAGAGGCCUGAUGGACAGACAGGAGUACUCCUUCAGGGUCAUUGCAGUCAACAUCGCUGGGGAGAGUGAUCCCAGCGAGCCUAGCGAUCCAGUUCUGUGCAAGGAGAGACUCAAUCCUCCUACACCCCCACGCUGGCUGGAUGUCAUCAACAUUUCCAGUAACAGUGCUGAGCUGAAGUGGACAGUACCAGAGAAGGAUGGUGGUUCACCCAUCACCAACUACAUUGUUGAGAAGAGGGACGUCAGGCGUAAGGGCUGGCAGGCAGUGGACACUACUGUGAAGGAGCUGAAGUAUACGGUCACUCCACUGAAUGAAGGCUCCCUCUAUGUGUUCCGUGUGGCUGCUGAGAAUGCUGUUGGACCCAGUGAAUUCUGUGAACUGGAAGACUCCAUUAUGGCUAAAGAUACUUUCACUACCCCUGGACCACCAUAUAAUCUCUCUGUCCAUGGAGUGUCAAAGAGACAUGUUGACUUGCAGUGGGACGCCCCCAAGAAUGAUGGUGGCAAACCAGUUCUGAGAUACUCAAUUGAAAAGAAGGAGAAACUGGGCACCCGCUGGGUGAAGUGUGGUAAGACCUCAGGUGCUGACUGCAAGUACAGAGUGACAGACGUCAUUGAAGGAACCGAGGUUCAGUUCCUGGUUCGUGCUGAGAAUGAGGCCGGUGUUGGACACCCUAGUGAACCAACAGAAAUCAUUGCUAUUGAAGAUCCAACAGGUGUACCCUCUCCUCCAAUUGAGCUUCACAUCACUGAAGCCAGCAGAGACCAUUUGUGUAUUGCUUGGAGACCACCAGAGAGAACUGGCGGCAGCCCUGUAACUGGCUACCAUAUCGAGCUCUGUGAGGCUGGUACUGAGAAGUGGAUGAGAAUCAACUCUCGCCCAAUCAAGGAGCUCAAAUACAAAACAGAGGAGGGCAUCAUCCCAGAGAAACAAUACGUCCUGAGAGUCCGUGCCAUAAACUCUGUUGGAGUUAGUGAGCCAUCUGAUAUCUCUGAGAAGGUCUAUGCCAAGGACUCUGACUGCAUCCCAAUCCUUGAGUUCCAGACUAAGGACAUUGUGAUUGUUGAGGGAGAGAAGUGGUAUCUCCCCAUCCCAUUCAGAGCAGUGCCCAAACCCAAGAUCACCUGGCACAAAGACGGAAARGAGCUGAAGGACGAUGASAGAAUGACCUUCAGACAGGAGUACCUCUCCUGCCAUCUGGAGAUCGAGAGCUGUCUGCAUGCAGACGCCGGCCAGUACAAGGUCACACUGGAGAACUCCUUGGGAACUAGCAGCGGAACAAUCAAUGUUAAAGUYGUUGGCCUGCCCGGUCCCUGCAAAGACAUUGUUGCCAGUGAAAUCACCAAGAGCUCUUGCAAGAUUUCCUGGGAUCCUCCCAACUAUGAUGGUGGCAGCCCUGUUCUCCACUAUGUGCUACAGCGCAGAGAGGCAGGCCGGAGGACCUAUGUCAACAUGAUGUCUGGAGAGAACAAAGUCAGCUGGCCCGUCAAGGAUCUGAUCCCCAAUGGAGAGUAYUACUUCCGGGUCAAAGCUGUCAACAAGAUUGGUGGUGGGGAGUACCUUGAGCUCCGCAACCCCGUGAUCGCAGAGGAUCAGAAACAGCGCCCUGACCCUCCAUUAGAUGUUGAGACCCACAACCCUACUUCUAAGACUAUCACCCUCACAUGGAAACCACCKAUGUAUGAUGGGGGCUGCAAGAUUAUGGGCUACGUUCUGGAGAUGAUGAUGAAGGGUGAUGAGAACUUCACAAGAUGCAACGACUUCCUUGUGCCUGUGCUGUCCUACACAGUGAGGAAUCUCAGGGAGGGAAAACAAUACCAGUUCCGUGUACGAGCUGAGAACGCUGCCGGAGUCAGCGACCCAUCACGCAGCACACCAAUAGUGAAGGCUUCUGAUGCUGUUGAAACACCCAAGGUGUUCCUCAGUGGAAGCCUGCAGUCCGGUAUGAGCAUUAAGAGAGGUGCUGAGAUCAGACUGGACGCCAACAUCUCUGGAUCCCCAUAYCCUCAAAUCACAUGGUAUAGGAACGACGUGGUCAUCAGACCUGAAGCCAUGAAGAAGAGACCAGAGAAACCCUUUGUUAAGAAGAAGGAGGUGAAGAAGGAGGAAAAGAAGGAAGUGAAGGAAGGAGAAAAGAAGGAAGUCAAGGAGGGAGAGGUUGAGACUCCAGCUGCAGAGGCCCCAGCUGCAGAGCCUGCCCAUGAAGAGCCUGAGGAGGAACUCCCUGACUACCCAACCCUCCAGGAACGUCUCACCAUCCAUGACAAGAAGAGGGGAGAAUCCUCUUGCAUUGUCAGGGACACCAUCAGGGGUGACCAUGGCGUGUACACUAUCAAGGUCGAGAACGACCAUGGUAUUGCCUCUGCAACUUGUGAAGUCAAUGUGCUAGAUGCACCUGGUCCUGCAAUCAACUUCAGGUUUGAGGAGAUCAGGAAGAMCUCUGUCAUCUGCAAGUGGGAUCCUCCCAUGGAUGAUGGUGGCAGUGAGAUACUGAACUACACAUUGGAAAGGAAGGACAACUCCAAGGUGGAGAUCGGAUGGAUCACCGUAACCUCAACGCUCAGAGGAUGUAGAUACCCAGUGACCAAACUGAUAGAGAAGAAGGAGUACAUCUUCCGUGUCACUGCUGAGAACAAGUUUGGUCCUGGACCACCAUGUAUCUCUAAGCCAAUUAUUGCCAAGGAUCCAUUUGACCCACCAGAGGCUCCAGAGAAGCCUGAGAUUGACGGCAUCACAGCCAACUCCAUGCUGGUUACCUGGGAGGCGCCAAAUGACAUGGGCAGCCCCAUCGUUGGUUACUGGGUGGAGCGUCGUGAGAUCAACAGCACCCAUUGGACCAGAGUCAACCGGGUAAUUUUGGAGGAUACAGAAAUGAAUGUGGAAGGCCUACUGGAGGGUCUGACAUAUAUCUUCAGGGUGGCUGCUGAGAACCAAGCUGGGCCUGGGAAGUUCAGCGUCCCGUCUGAUCCCAUGACAUGCCAGGAUCCAAUCUUGCCACCUGGACCACCGUUCCCAAGAAUCCUUGACACCACUGAGUCUUCCAUUGAUGUGGAAUGGGAUCCUCCUGCCUCCAAUGGAGGUGGAGACAUCCUGGGAUACCAUGUUGACAAGACCCUAGCAGGCACCAAUGACUGGUCCCGCUCCACAGAGAGACCCUGGAAGACCCGGGCCUUCACUGUGUAUGGAGUCAGAGAAGGAGCCAAGUACCUGGUCCGUGUGAUCGCAGUCAAUGGAGCUGGUGAAGGAACUCCUGGCUUGACUGAAUCAGUCUUUGUCAGAGAUCCUAAAGAGGCUCCAGUGGUAGAGUUGGAUCUCACUGUGAGGAAUGGCGUAAUGAUCAGAGCUGGGGAGCCACUGAUUCUGCCUGCCCUGGUCACUGGUAAACCUCCUCCAGACAUCAAAUGGACCAAAGAUGACGGUCCACCUGAAAAAGACCAUGUCCAGAUAGAAAAUGUUGGAAAGGAAAGCACUCUCAGUAUCAAGGCCGCCACGAGAAAGGAUCCUGGCAAAUACCAGAUCAGUGCAAGAAAUAGCAGCGGAAUCAAGUCUACAUGGACAAGGGUUGAUGUCAUGGAUGUUCCCGGGCCUGUGCUGGACCUGAAACCUGUGGUGGUAACCAGGAAACUGAUGAUUCUGAACUGGUCCGAUCCUGAUGACGACGGUGGCAGUGAUCUGACCGGCUUCAUCAUUGAGAGAAGAGAUCCCAAGAUGCACACGUGGAGACAGCCCAUCGAGACACCCUCAUCUAAGUGUGAGAUUGUGGGUAUUGUUGAAGGACAGGAGUACAUCUUCCGGGUUGUGGCGAAGAACAAGUUUGGCUGUGGCCCUCCUGUUGAUCUGGGCCCUAUUGCUGCAGUGGAUCCUAAAGCUCCACCAACUUCRCCUGAGAGGUUCCACUACACUGAGAGGACAAAGUCUUCCAUCAGCCUUGCAUGGAGACCUCCCCGCAACGAUGGAGGCAGUCCAAUCGUGGGCUACUUUGUUGAGAAGAAGAAGCACGAUGCCCCAGCAUUUGAGCCUUGUAACACAGAGAUGUGCAAGGACCUCUUCAUGACCGUCGAUAACCUUGAGGAGCUGUUUAUGUAUGAGUUCCGUGUCAAGGCUGUCAAUUUGAUUGGACCAAGUGAACCUGGAAUUCCACUCACCAUUGUCAUUCAAGAUGAUGAAGUUCCUCCUACUGUGAGGAUGUURAAGACCUUCAAGGGAGAUGCCAUCACCGUCAAGAAGGGAGAGCCUAUUGAAAUCCCUGCUGAGGUGACUGGUCUUCCAAUGCCCAAGGUUGAAUGGUUGAAGGAUGAAGUCAUUAUUGCAGAGCCCACUGAGACUCUGUUGUUGGACACCAAGGAGAUCAACAGAAUCCAGUCCAACACCAAACUUAGUAUCCCUGCAGCAGCCAGAUUGGACAAAGGCAUCUUUACAGUGACUGCCUCCAACCGUCUUGGGUCAGCUAGUCACACCAUCAAGGUUAAUGUGUUAGACCGUCCUCUGCCACCAAGGAAUGUGAAUAUUGGUAACAUCAAGGCUGAGUCCUGCAAGCUGACCUGGGACGCCCCAGAGGACGACGGGGGAAGUGAGCUCACUAACUACAUCGUUGAGAAGCUGGACAUUCUUCCUGAGGUGGAACCUGAAGAAGAAUAUGAGGAUUCUGAGGAUGAGGAGCCUAAGCCUAAAUCUGAGCCUAGACCCAUUCCUGUAUGGACGGUGAUCACCAACAGCAUCAUUGAGAAACGACUCGGGGUUUGGAAUCUGGAAACCGGUAGCCAGUACCAGUUCAGAGUGAGAGCAGAGAACAAGUAUGGACAGAGUGACGCCUGCGAAACAGAGGCCACCGUCAUCAAGGAUCUGUACGGACUCCCUGGUCCUCCAGAGAAACCAAAGAUCGCAGAGCACACCAGGUCCUCCAUGCUUGUGACAUGGGACCCUCCACGAGACAACGGUGGAUCCACUAUCUCUGGCUACUGGCUGGAGAAGAGGGAGAAAGGUUCGUCUUAUUGGGCCCGGGUAAAUAAAGCCCCAGUGACCAAGCGMGGCCCUAAGGGCUGGGAGUUCCUGGUCGUUCGUAUGAUUGAGGGGUCCGCAUAUGAGUUCCGUGUCAUGGCUGUCAAUGUUGCCGGUAUUGGACCCCCCAGUGGACCUUCCGAUCCUGCAAAUGCAGUGGACCCUCUUAUGAAACCCGGCAUGCCAGCACCACCAGAGGUCGCAGACAAAACCAAGCACAGUGUCAGCCUCACAUGGUCUCCACCUGAAAAAGACGGGGGAAGCCCCAUCAAGGGUUACAUCGUUGAGAUCCAGGAUGAAGGCAGCUCUUUCUGGAACAGGAUCACAGAUCUAGAUACUCUGCAUGAGACCACAGAGCUCACUGUCCCAAGUCUCAAAGAGCUGAAACACUACAAGUUCAGAGUCACAGCUGUCAAUGACAUCGGCGAGUCUGACCCAAGUCCCAAGACUGAAGUACUAAUUGAGGACAUACAUGUGGGGCCGAAGAUCCUUAUUGAUUGCAUUGUGGAAGAUUUGCUCUGCGUCAGAGCUGGUCAUGCCUUCAGAAUCCCUGCCACCAUCAAAGGGCGUCCCGUUCCUAAGGUGACCUGGGAAUACACUGGUCCAGCAAAGACCCACAAGAAGAAUCGCCUUCAUGUCCUUCCAGUUGAUUCAGAGAUUGAAUCUACUGAUACUACCUCAAACAUCACUGUACCUGUGUGCUUGAGGACCCACUCUGGAAGAUACACCAUCACAGCCAAGAACAAGGCUGGACAGAAACAUGUCAACGUCAGAGUCAAUGUUCUCGACGUGCCUGGUGCUCCUCGAGAGCUCAAAGUGACUGACAUCACCAGAGCUACCAUGAGGCUGAUCUGGAAACUGCCUGCUAACGACGGUGGCGAGAGGAUCAAGAGUUACUUCAUUGAGAAGAAGAAUGUGACAGGAAAGGCCUGGACCAUAGUAAACCAGUGCUGUUUCAGCCAGGCCUACGUUGUGGAGGGACUGCUGGAGGGACAGGAGUAUGUGUUCCGUGUGCGGGCAGAGAACCGUCUGGGAAUGGGACCUUUCACUGAGACCACUGAGCCUGCAAGGGCAAGAGACCCCAUCUACAUACCUGAUCCCCCAACCCAUGUCAAGAUCAAUCUGGUAACCAAGGAUACAGUGACCCUGACAUGGGUGCCACCUAAGAACAAUGGUGGUUCUCCUGUGACGCACUACAUCAUUGAGCGCCUGAGCUGGGACACYAGCGGCCCGGAGAAAGAGACGUGGAAGCAGUGUAACAAGCGUAAUGUUGAGGAAACCAUCUUCAUCAUUGAAGAUCUUAAAAAUGGAGGAGAGUAUGAGUUCCGYGUCAAGGCUGUGAACGAGGCCGGCCCAAGCAGACCAUCUGCUACCGCUGGACCAAUCAUUAUCAAGGACCAGACAUGUGCUCCAACCAUUGAACUGAAGGAACAGAUGGAAGGUGAAGAGGGACUAGAYGUCCAUAUUGUGGCUAGGAUCCAUGGCUGUCCAUUCCCCUCCCUCGUAUGGCAGAAGGCUCCCAUUGCCAAGCCUGAAGACAAAGGUGUAGUGCAAUAUGAUCAGCAUGUCAACAAGCUGGUCGUUGAUAACAAAUGUACGCUGCUGAUCCAGCAGUCCAAGAGAGACGACAGCUCCCUGUACACUAUCACUGCUAGCAACAGUCUGGGCAAAGCAUCUAAGGAAAUCAAACUCACUGUUCUAGGACGACCUGGCGUACCUGUCGGGCCAAUCGAAUUCAAAGAGGUGUUUGCCGAGAGGAUAACACUUGCAUGGAAACCACCUAGAGAUGACGGUGGCUCCAAGGUUACAAACUACGUCGUUGAGAAGCGUGAGGAAAACAGAAAGUCAUGGGUGCACGUUUCCGACGACCCCAAAGAAGGCCUGUAUACAGUUCAGAGGCUGACUGAGGGCCAUGAGUAUGAGUUCCGUGUCAUGGCUCAGAACAAAUAUGGAGUUGGACCACCGCUGUACAGCGAACCUGAGAAAGCAAGGAAUCUGUUCACUGUCCCUGGCCAAGUUGAGAAGCCCAUAGUGGAAGACGUGACUCUUGAGUCAAUGGUGAUCAUCUGGGACGAGCCAAAAUACGAUGGUGGAUCUCCAGUUAGUGGUUACUGGCUGGAGCGUAAAGAGACGACGGCUAAGCGCUGGACCAAAGUGAACCGCGCCCCCAUCAGGGUCAUGCCYCUGGGUCAGGAGUAUGAGAUCACUGGUCUGCAGGAGGGAGCAAUCUACCAGUUCCGUGUGACCGCAAUCAACGCAGCUGGCAUGGGACUUCCUAGUGUCCCAUCGGAUCCUGUUCUUUCAAGAGACCCUAUUACUCUUCCCGGUCCCCCAACCCCCAAAGUAACAGACUGGACCAAGUCAACAGUGGAUCUGGAGUGGAUCCCACCUUUGAUUGAUGGUGGAUCUAAGGUCACUGGUUACUUUGUUGAAUACAUAAACGAGGAAAAAGAAGCAGAAAUUGAAAAACAGAAGGCAGCGGAAGCAGACAAAGUAGUAGUAAAAGCGAAAAAGGUUAAGAAAAUCAUAUUCGACGAAGAUGGAAAUGAAAUAUCAGAAUCAGAAGAAGAAGAAAAGGUAGUAGUGAUAAAAGACGGAUGGGAAAAGGCUAAAGACAAGGAGAUUAGAGGCACUAAGUUUGUUGUGUCUGGACUGAAAGAGCUGGGAAGGUACAAGUUCAGAGUGAGGGCAGUGAAYGCUGCUGGCGUCGGUGAGCCCGGUCAAGUGGCCGAAGUGAUUGAAUGCAAGGACAGAACAAUUGCCCCUGAAGUGGACUUGGAUGCCUCAGUGAAGGAGAAGAUUGUAGUCCAUGCCGGUGGUACCAUCCGCCUCCUGGCCUACGUGUCAGGCAAGCCUGCACCAGAGAUCACAUGGAACAGAGAUGACCAGCCUCUACCAGCAGAGGCUAAGGUUGAAAUCACGUCAAUCAGCUCUGCUCUGGUUAUCAAAAACUGCAGACGCCAUCACCAGGGUAUAUACACCCUUAUUGCAAAGAAUGAAGGAGGGGAAAGGAAGAAGGCUGUCAUUGUGGAGGUGUUGGAUGUUCCCGGCCCAGUUGGUCAGCCGUUCUCUGGUGUGAACCUCACCAUUGACUCUUGCAAGUUGACCUGGUACUCCCCUGAAGACGACGGUGGCUCAGCCAUCACCAACUACAUAAUUGAGAAGAGAGAGUCUGACCGCAUGGGCUGGACAGCGGUCUCUUACACGGUCACCAGGCACAAUGCUGUGGUCCAGGGUCUCAUCGACGGAAAAGGAUAUUUCUUUAGAAUCGCAGCUGAGAAUAUCAUCGGAAUGGGUCCAUUUUUUGAAUCAGAACGACCAGUUCUCAUCAAAGACCCUAUUUCUGUUCCUGAGCGUCCUGAGGAUCUAGAAAUCACAGCCAUCACCAAAGACUCCAUCAGUUUGGCCUGGAGACCACCUAAGUACGAUGGUGGUUCUGAGGUUACACGUUAUGUGCUUGAAGCUCGUCUGAUUGGAAAGGAUAACUUCAAUAAGAUCGAUACUGAUGACACGCUGAUGGAUAGGAAGUUCACAAAGGGAGGUCUCAAAGAGAAUUCCACCUAUGAAUUCCGUGUCAGUGCUGUCAACGUGAUUGGUCAGGGAAAGCACUCUUUCUGCACCAAGCCAAUCCAGGUCAAGGAAGAACUUGAGCCCCCAACGAUCGACUUGGACUUCCGUGACAGACCGGUUGUGCGUGUGGGAGACGUGUGCACCCUCCAAGGCCGCUUCACUGGAAAGCCAGCACCUACAAUAACAUGGACAAAGAACGAGGAAGAGUUGAAAGCAGAUGAGGAGGUCACAAUGACCAACACUAGUAAAACACUGUGCUUGGCUAUGCCCAAGGCUAAACGCGAACACAGCGGCAGAUACCAGGUGGUUGUGGAGAACAUUGUCGGCUUACGUAAAGGAAUCUGCAGUCUCACUGUUGUUGAUCGCCCCCAGCCUCCAGAGGGCCCAGUGGUCUUCAAUGAGGUCUACAGGAACCACAUGGUGAUUUCCUGGAACCCUCCUCUGGACGAUGGUGGAUGUGCCAUCUCCAACUACACCAUUGAGAAGAGAGACACAAACAGAGACCUCUGGAUGCCAGUGACAACAGCUUGCACCAGGACAACAUGCAAAGUUCCUAAGCUGAUUGAGGGCAGAGAGUACAUCAUCAGAAUUUGUGCUGUGAACAUCCACGGUGUCAGCAACCCACUGCUGUCUGCCGAGACCAAGGCUAAGGAUGUCUUCAAGGUGCCAGAUGCACCCAAACAGCCCAUUGUGAAGGAGAUCUAUAAGGAUCAAGCCCUCCUCACUUGGGAACCACCUGCGGAUGGUGGCAAGCCCAUCACUGGCUACGUCAUUGAGAGGAAGGAGACCAUGGCUAACAGAUGGACUCGCGCAUCCGGAAAAGACCGCAUCUUCCCCAAAGUAGAGUACUUUGUUCCAGACCUCCUCAAGGGCUGUGAAUAUGAGUUCCGUGUCAUGGCUGAGAACGUUGUGGGUCUGGGUGACCCCAGCCCUCCAUCAAAGCCCAUCUUCGCCAAAGAUCCAAUUGUGCUUCCAAGCCCCCCCGUUCUGCCAGAAGCUGUGGAUUGGACAAAGGAGUCUGUCUCACUAUCUUGGCAGCCACCAAAAGACUGUGGCAGGGGAAAGAUCUUUGGCUAUCUCGUUGAGUUCAGUAAAGCUGGAGAGGAGUGGCAAAAAGUGAAUCAGACUCCUGAUUCCUGCCAAGAAACCAAGUUCAAGGUCAUUAACCUGGAAGAGGGAGAAUAUUACAAAUUCAGAGUUACUGCUGUGAACUUCGCUGGUGAAUCUGAACCCGCAUACACCACAGAUCCAGUGAAGGCAGAAGACAGAUUUGAACCUCCUGAGUUGGAUGUUGAACUGGGUAUGCCUCGUGAGUUGAAAGCCAUGGCYGGAACCCAUAUCAAUCUGGUUGCUGGAAUCAAGGGAAUUCCAUUCCCAAAAGUCACAUGGAAGAAGAACGAUAAAGACGUCCCCACAAGAGCUGAAAUUGAGGUCAAUCCAUUAGGAUCUAAAUUGGAGAUGCGCUACUGUGCCCGUUCUGACUGUGGCGACUACACUCUGAACAUAGAAAACUCAUCUGGAUCAAGGACUGCCACAUGCACAGUCCUUGUCCUUGACAAACCUGGUCCAAUCCAGCACCUGAGGGUUUCAGAGGUGAGAAGCGAUUCAGCCUAUCUCUCCUGGAAAGACCCUGAGGACAAUGGAGGAGCACGUAUUACCAACUUUGUUGUGGAGAAGAAAGAUGUGGCAGCCGCACAGUGGGUGCCAGUGUGCUCUUCGUCUAAGAAACGAAGCAUGAUGGCCAAGCACUUGAUGGAAGGAACAUCGUAUUUGUUCCGCGUUGCUGCUGAGAAUCAGUUCGGCAGAAGUGAAUACAUUGAAACAACCAAAGCCGUCAAAGCCAUGAAUCCACUGUUCCCACCUGGUCCACCAAAGGACUUGCACCAUGUAGAUGUCGACAAGACGGAGGUCUGGCUUGUGUGGAACUGGCCUGACCGCAACGGAGGUAGCAACAUCAUAGGUUUCCUGGUUGAGUACCAAGAGGAAGGAGAGAGAGAGUGGGAUGAAUGGAACACCGUCAGCAUCCCUGAGAGCCACAUCACUGGCCUCGAGGAAGGAAAGACUUACAGAUUCCGUGUGAGAGCGGAGAACGCUAUCGGACUGAGUAGACCAGACACCACUGUCCCCGUCCUCUGCCAGGAGAAGCUUGUGGCUCCAAUCGUUGAAGUUGAGGCCAAGCUGAUCGAAGGGAUCAUUGUGAAAUGUGGAAGCACAAUCAGACUCCCUGCUAUCAUGAGAGGCAUCCCUGCGCCUACUGCCAAAUGGUCCAUUGACGGAGCAGAAAUUGUACCCGAAGGCUCAGUUAAGAUUGAGAGUGACAACUAUUCAACAGUUCUCAGCAUCAAUGAGUGUAUGAGAACCAACAGUGGAACCUAUAUUCUCACAGUUUCCAACCCUGCAGGAACCAAGACUCUGGCUUUGAAUGUGACCGUUCUUGAUGUGCCCGCUGCUCCCAUUGGACCAAUCAAUGUCCUUGAGGUUACUCCUGAGUACAUGCUUAUUGACUGGCGUUCUCCAAAGGAUGAUGGUGGAAGCCCUGUAACAGGUUACAUUGUUGAGAAGAGAGAGGCUAAGAAGGAAACCUGGGGAGGUGUGAGCUCUGGUAGCACAGCUACAAAGCUUAAGAUCUCUCGUUUGCAGAGCGGUGUUGAAUAUGUUGUGCGUAUCCGUGCAGAGAACAAAAUGGGUAUCGGCGCUCCUCUUGAAAGUGCACCAACCGUUGCCCAACACACGUUUGAAGCCCCUGGCCAUCCAGGCAAACCAAACACAUCAGACAUUGCAGAAGAUGCUCUCACUGUUGGGUGGACCAUGCCAUUAUUUGAUGGAGGCAGUCAAAUCACUGGAUAUAUMGUUGAGCGUARACAYAARGGCGGWAAAUGGAUCCGUGUCAACACGACACCCUGUAAGGAUCUCAGAAUCAGAGUACUUGGUCUCUUUGAGGGAAAUGAGUAUGAGUUUAGAGUUUUCGCUGAAAACAUUGCUGGUUUCAGUGGACCUUCUGCCAUAUCAGACCCAGCAAAACCCUGUCGUCAAAUCACAGCUCCUGGACCUCCAGUUAACCCCAGAAUCAAGGACUACAGUAAAGAAAAUGCAGACCUAGUCUGGAUUAAACCCAACAAAGAUGGAGGCAGUCCAAUCAUGGGCUACAUUAUUGAAAUGCAAAAAGCUGGCGGAGAAUGGGUGAUCAUCAACAAGGAUGGUCACAUUAAGCAGUGUGCUUACAGAGUUAAAGGCCUUGAAGAACACUCAGAGUACAGGUUCCGCGUUAGUGCUGUAAAUAUGAUUGGAGUUGGAGAGCCUAGAGAAUGCCCUAAAUCGGUGGUUGCCAAAGACAUCAUGAUACCUCCAGAGAUUGAGAUGGAUGCUACAAGCCGUGAGCGUUUGACUGUCCGUGUUGGACAUAACAUCAACAUCAUCGGUUACGUGAAAGCCAGACCUGACCCAGAGAUUAUCUGGAAAAAGGGUGAUGACGUUUUGGAAACUGCCAAGCGCACAACACUAACUCAGAACUUGCCUGUUGUUCAACUGAGAAUCAAAGAGGCAACCAGAGCAGACCAUGGAAAGUAUGUUUUGAAGGCUAACAACUACAGUGGUGAAGCCAAAGCUACGAUAACUGUGAAUGUGUUGGAUAGACCUGGACACUGUCAGAAUCUGAAGGCCACCUAUGUGACCAGAGACUCCUGUAUGGUGUCCUGGGAGAACCCUGUGGACAACGGAGGCUCUGAGAUUACAAACUACAUUGUUGAGUGCCGUGAACCCAGUGUGAGGCUUUGGUCAAUGAUCUCAUCUGACUGCACUAACCGCAUGGUUAAAGCCAAACUCAUGGAGGGCCAYGAGUAUCUCUUCCGUGUUUGUGCUGUGAACAAAUGCGGCCCUGGGCCCACAGUUGAGACAAAACAACCAACGCUUGCCAUCGAUCCCAUUAACAAGCCUGGUGAGCCAGAGAACUUCCGGGUAACUGACGUCGGUAAGAACUUCGUCUUCUUGAAAUGGAGGAGGCCAGACUAUGACGGUGGAAGCCCCAACAUUGGCUACGCUUUGGAGAGCAAAUUGGGAGCGGAAGAAUGGGUGCCAUUACAUGAGGAUCUGAUUACGAAUACAUUCUUCAUGGCUGACAAGUGUGUGGAAAAACAAACCUAUCAGUUCAGAGUGCAGACAUGCAAUGAAGGUGGAGAAAGUGACUGGGUGAAGACUGGUGAUGUUCUUGUCAGAGAGGAGAUCCAGAAACCAGUGCUUGAUAUAAAGUUAGCUGGAGCCCUUGUGGUUAAAGCUGGAGAGUCUAUCAGAAUUGAGGCUGGACUCAGAGGAAAGCCUCAACCAGAGGUGAAGUGGGUGAAGGACAAGGCCACAGGAGAUAACCCUAGAGUUAGUGUUGAAACGGGCACAGAUUAUUCUAAAUUUCUUAUGACCAAAUCUAAACGCACAGACACCGGAAAAUAUGUCAUCACCGCCACAAACUCUGCUGGAACCUUCACUGGAUACGCAAUUGUCAAUGUCUUGGAUGUCCCAGGGCCUGUGAGAGACGUGAAGGUGUCUGGAAUCGGAGUAGACAAAUGUAGAGUUGCAUGGGAUCUCCCAGAAGAUGAAGGUGGAUGUGAAGUUGAUAGCUAUAUCAUUGAGAAAUGUGAGACAAGAAGAAUGGUCUGGUCCACAUACUCUGCUUCACUUGUCACCAACUAUUGCAAUGUYACCCGACUAGUAGAAGGAAAUGAGUACAUCUUCCGCAUCAGAGCAGAAAACAAGAUGGGGACAGGUCCUGCAGUGGAGAGCAAACCCGUCACAGCUAGGACUCAGUUCAACAGACCUGGACCACCAGAAUCACCAGAGAUCACCAAGAUUGGCAAAGAGGAGAUGACAGUCGUAUGGGCCCCACCAGAGAAUGAUGGUGGAAAGUCUAUCACUGGUUAUAUCCUGGAAAGGAAAGAAAAGCGCGCUGUCAAAUGGGUGCCAUGCACAAAGAGUACCAUCUCUGAGAGACGCAUGAAAGUCAGCAACUUGAUUCCCAACCACGAGUAUCAGUUCCGUGUCAAGGCUGAAAAUGAAGUCGGACUGGGAGAGCCAAGCAAACCAUGCAGACCAGUAGCAGCCAAAGAUCCAAUUGAGGCUCCUGGUCCUCCAGGCAGUUUCAAGGUGAUUGACAGCACCAAGACGUCCAUUACUCUUGGGUGGGCCAAGCCUAUCUAUGAUGGAGGUGCUCCUAUCAUUGGUUACAUGGUUGAAAUGAGAGACAAACCUGAGCCUAAACCUGAAGUGGUUGAAGCUGAAGCUGUUCCUGAAGCUGUGCCUAAAGCUAAACCUGCAGAGGAAGCUAAGCCUGUAGGUGAAGCCGAGCCUGAAGGUGAAGCUGAAGCUAAGCCUGAAGCAGCAGUAACAGGAGAAGGUGAGAAACAAUAUGAAGAGGACUCUGAGGAUGAAGCUGCUGCAGUUGCAGCUAAAGCUAAAGCUGAAGCUAAACGUAAGAAGAAAGAAGAGGGCUGGAAGAAGUGCAACACCGGUGCUGGUGUGCUGGUGCACACAGAAUUCACCAUUCCAAACUUGAAUGAGAAGCAGAUGUAUGAAUUCAGAGUCUCUGCACAGAACCAGGUCGGCUGGGGCCGUCCCGCUACACUCAAAGAGGCCGUCAACCCCAAGGAGGUCCUCGAGGCACCAGAGAUCGACUUGGAUGCAAGUCUCAGGAAGGGCUUCACUGUUAGAGCAGGCUGCCCCAUCAGGCUCUUCGCUACUAUCAGAGGAAGACCAUCCCCCAAAGUCACCUGGAAGAAGCUUGGUGUUGAUAAUGUAGUCAGGAGAGGGCACGUGGAUCAGAUUGAUACUAUGUCCUUCCUUGUGAUCCCUGAGAGCACUCGGGAAGACUCCGGCAAAUACUCUCUGACACUCUCCAACUCCGCUGGGGAGAAAGCUAUAUUUGUGCGCGUUAAAGUAUUGGAUACUCCUGGACCUGUUGGAGGAUUUGAGGUCUGUGAUGUGACAAGCAUCGGUUGUCAGCUGUCUUGGCUCCCUCCRGAUAACGAUGGUGGCUGCCAAAUCGAGAACUACAUCGUUGAGAAACGUGAACUCGACAAGAAGACUUGGUCAAAUUGUAUCAACGAUUUGAAGAAAACAAGCUUCAAAGUCACCGGCCUCACACCUGGCUGUGACUACUACUUUAGAGUUAUGGCAGUCAAUAAAUAUGGCAUUGGUGUUCCUAAAGACUCUCCAAAAGCUUAUCUGACAUCUGAUCCUAUAAGUGAACCUGAUCCACCCAAGAAAAUGGAAGUCUUGGAAGUGACAAAGAACAGUGCCACUCUGGGAUGGCUGAAACCUUUGAGGGAUGGUGGAGCUAAGAUCAAUGGCUACAUGGUUGAUUACAAAAAGGACGGUGAACCUGAAGACAAAUGGACACCAUAUUCCGUUGUUAAAGACUUAACCAUUGUAGUUGUUGGACUUAAAGAGGGCACAAAGUACAAGUUCAGAGUUGCAGCAAGAAACGUGGCUGGAACCAGUCUGGCAAGAGAAGCUGAGGGAGUAUUUGARGUCAAGGAGCAGCUGAUGGCACCAAAGAUCAUCAUGCCUGAUAUUGUCACAGUAAGGGCAGGAGAGAAAAUGAGAAUUGAUGCUAUUGUGGCUGGAAAACCUACACCAUUCUGCAAAUGGAGGCAAGGAGCCGAUGAUCUGUUGACAUCUGAUCGUCUCAUGGUGCAAAAGUCUCCAAACUGCAUUUCACUCAUCAUGAAAGACGUCUCGAGAAAGGACAGUGGUUACUACAGUCUUUCUGCUGCGAACAGCACCGCCAAAAUAAGCCAGAUCCUUAGAGUCAUAGUACAGGAUAAACCAGGGCCUCCUGACGCUCCCCUGGAGAUCGUUGAGCUUGAUAUUGAUGCCUGCACACUCCAGUGGAACCAACCCAGUGAGGAUGGUGGAAGCAACAUCACUAACUACGUCAUUGAGAAGUGUGAUGUAAGCAGAGGAGACUGGGUCAUAGCUUCUGGCUCAUGCACCACAACCAGCUACAGAGUUGGCAAGCUUACCCCUGGAAUGGAGUAUGGCUUCCGUGUCCGAGCUGAGAACAGAUUUGGCAUCUCGGAGCCAAUCUAUUCAGAGAAAAGUAUCGCUAGAUAUCCCUUCGAUGUCCCAGACGAGCCCAGAAAUCUGUGUAUCACGAAAGUUAAGAGUGAAGCAGUGUCUCUGUCCUACGAGACCCCAUCAACUGACGGUGGCAGUCCUCUUACCGGAUACUGCAUUGAGCGUAAAGAGAGGAACAGCCUUCUCUGGGUAAGAGCAAAUGAGUCUGUUGUCCGCGGACUUGAAUACAACUGCACAGGCUUAAUGGAAGGUCUGGAAUAUGCAUUCAGGGUGUCUGCCCUCAACAAGGCCGGCCAGGGUAAACCAAGCAAACAGACUGACUGGGUCACAGCAAGAACACCCAUCGAUCCACCUGGUAAACCUGAGGUAAUGGAUGUGACAAARAGCACUGUUUCACUUGUUUGGACUCGCCCCCAAAAUGAUGGAGGUAGCAAGCUCAUUGGGUACUAUGUGGAGUACAUGAAGAUUGGUCAAGAAGUAGAGAAAUGGGUUCGCUGCAAUGCCAACUGCCAGAACGUCAAAACAGAAGACUAUGUUGUAACUGGCCUGGAGGAGGGAGCCCAGUAUCACUUCAGAGUUUUCGCCAAGUCAGCAAUCAACAUCAGCUUGCCUUCUGAGAUCUCAGAUGCCAUCCCAGUGUUUGCAGAGAAUGUUCCCCCCAGGGUCGAGCUGGGAGUGGACAUGAAGAAUAUGAUCAUAGUGAAGGCUGAAGAAAAUGUCUCCUUUGAUGCAGUAGUGUUUGGAAAACCACUGCCCAAGGUUACAUGGAAGAGAGAUGGUGUUCCAUUGAAACUGGUUGAUGGGAUGAAGAUGACACAGAAGAGACACACACACAUUCUGGAAUUGUUCUCUGUUGCAAGGAAGGAGUCUGGAGAGUACACUAUUCUAGCUGAAAAUCCCAAUGGCGCUAAAUACGCCAAUAUUAAGCUCAAGGUUCUAGACAAACCAGGCCCACCAGCCGGAGUGAAAGUCACCAAGGUGUUUGCGGACCGUAUUAAAAUGAGGUGGGAGCCACCUGUUGCAGAUGGAGGCUCUGAAAUCAUCAACUACAUCAUUGACAAACGUGAAACCAGCAGAGCGAACUGGGCUCUGGUCACCUCCAAUAUCCAUGGUCAACUGACUGAUUGCACAGUAGAKAAACUGAUGCAGGACCAUGAAUACCAGUUCAGGGUCAGUGCUGAGAACCAGUAUGGUAUUGGGGACCCCAUCCUCACCGACCCUGUCAUGGUCAAGAAUCCAUAUGAUGUUCCUGGUCCUAGCGAGCCACCAGUUAUUACCAACAUUACAGCCAAUUCUAUGACUGUCAGCUGGAAGGCGCCAGCUGAUGAUGGUAAAGCUACUAUUCUGGGUUACAUGGUUGAGAAACGUGAAGCAUCAGAGCUCAACUGGGCUAAAGUCAACCGUAAACCAGUGAUUGACAGGAGCAUCAAAGCUGUCCAGCUCUCAGAGGGAUCUGAGUAUGAGUUCAGAGUGAUUGCCAUGAACAAAGCUGGAUUUGGCAAACCAAGUGAUGCAUCCAAUGCUGCCCUUGCCGUGGAUCCUGUGUAUCCACCUGCACCACCUGCUUUCCCUAAAGUCGUCGACUCAACACACAGCACCAUUAGCUUGUCUUGGACCAAGCCUGCUUACGAUGGUGGUUGUGAAAUCUUUGGCUACCUUGUCGAGUGCAAGAGAGCUGAUGCAGCAGACUGGACGAAGUGCAAUGUGCCCAAAAAUCUGCAAGAAACCAAGUUCCUGGUUACUGGUCUCAUUGAUAAAACAGAAUAUGUGUUCCGUGUCUUUGCUGUGAACAAGAUCGGAUACAGCGAGCCAAGUGAAGUUCCUGGGAAACACGAGGCCAAAGACAUCCUGAUUGCCGCUGAUGCUGAGCUGGAUGCWGACCUUCGCAAGGYACUGGUCCUGAGAGCUGGAGUCACAAUGAGACUCUAUGUGCCACUGAUAGGACGUCCCCCACCCAAGGUGGUGUGGACCAAGGUCAAUGCCAACCUCAAAGAACGAGCAGGAAUCAUGAUCAAAACGACCGAAUGGGAUACCCUUAUGUACAUUGAGGAUAUCAACAGAUAUGAUGCUGGCAAAUACAUUUUGUCGAUUGAAAACGACAGUGGAAAGAAGUCUUACACUAUCGUCGUSAAGGUCCUAGAUACUCCUGGUCCACCACUGAAUCURAUUGUGAAGGAAACAUCUCUGAACCAUGCAUCCAUCGGCUGGGAUCCUCCUCUGAUUGAUGGAGGAAGCCCAGUGAAGAGCUACAUUGUUGAGAAGCGUCUUGCAGAGAGAAAGGCAUGGUCCUGUGUUAUAACCGAAUGCCCCAAAACUACUUUCAGGAUUCCUAACUUGGAAGCUGGACAGGCCUACUGUUUCAGAGUCUUGGCUGAAAAUAACUAUGGUAUCGGAGAAGGUUGUGAGACUGCCGGAGUUGUAAGAGCUUCAGAACUACCUGGAGCAGUUAUGGAUUUCAAGGCACUGUCGAUCACUAAAGAUUCCAUUCAUAUUGGCUGGAAGAAACCAAUCAGUGAUGGUGGAAGUCACAUCAGUGCCUAUCUUCUGGAGCUUCAGGAAGGUGAAGAGAAGUAUAAGGAGCUAGUGAAAGGAAAGGUCAUGUCGCACAUGAUGGUUGAACUUGAAGAAGGAAAGGAGUACUCUUACAGAGUGAAAGCAAUCAAUGAGUCUGGAGAGGGUCCACCUUCUGAGCUCACUGUGAUCGCUAAAGAUCAAAUUGUUGCACCUGACUGUGACCUGAGUGGCAUCCCAGAUCUGUGCUAUGUUGCCAAGGAGGGAAGCACAGUCCGUAUCAAAGUCCCUAUUGUUGGCAAACCAGCUCCUUCAGCCAUCUGGAAGAAGGGACAUGUUUCUCUGGGAGACAGUGGAAGAAUGUCCGUUGAAUCUACGCCAACUUUGACAACUUUGCUCAUCCGUGAUUGCCAGAGAGGUGAUGCRGAAAAUUACACAAUCCUGCUAAGAAACGCAGCAGGAGUCAAAGAAGCAAAGAUGCAGAUUAGGGUGGUUGGAAAACCAGGAAUCCCAACAGGACCAUUCAAGUUUGAUGAAAUUACUGCCGAUGGAAUCACUCUGGAUUGGAGUCCACCAAAGGAUGAUGGUGGCACUGAAAUAUCCAACUACAUUCUGGAGAAGCGGCAAUCAACAGCCAACAAGUGGGCUACUGUGGCCUCCGCUAUCCAGAAGAAUACCAUGAGAGUUACCAGGCUCCAUGAUGGUACUGAAUACAUCUUCAGAGUGUUUGCAGAAAACAAAUAUGGAGUUGGAGAAUGCCUCAAAUCUGACCCAGUGGUGGCCCAGCAUCCAUUCAAUGUGCCUGACGCACCUGCACCACCAGAGAUYGUGAGCAUUCGCCAUGAGUCUGCCAUUUUGAAUUGGACUGAUCCUAAAGAAAAUGGAGGCUCACCAAUCACUGGCUAUCAUGUUGAAUACAAAGAGAGGAACAGCUUGAUGUGGAAGAGAGCCACUAAGACCCCUAUUAGAGUGAAGGACUGCAGAGUGACUGGACUGAUUGAAGGCCUGGAGUAUGAAUUUAGAGUUAUGGCAAUGAAUGCGGCCGGUUUAGGAAGGCCAAGCAGGGCAACAGAACCAGUCAUCGCCCUUGAUCCAAUUGAUCCUCCUGGUAAGCCUGAUGUCAUCAAUGUAACCAGAAGCACUGUAACACUUAUGUGGACUGCACCCAAGUACGAUGGUGGACACAAACUGACUGGCUACCUGGUUGAGAAACUGGAACUGCCAGGAAAGACCUGGAUGAAAGCAAAUCAUAUCAAUAUCCAAGGCCUUGCGUUUACUGUGCAAGACCUGACAGAAGGCAGCAGCAUGGAAUUCAGAAUCAGAGCAAAGAAUGCAGCUGGCGCAAUCAGUGUUCCUUCAGAGCAAACKGAUACCCUUAUCUGCAAAGAUGAGUAUGAACCACCAAGCAUCUCUAUCGAUCCAGACAUGAAGGAAGGUGUCUCUGUCAGAGCUGGAGACACCAUUGUAGUAUCUGCUUCCAAGAUCCUUGGCAAACCUCCACCUACAGCUGUGUGGUCCAAGGCAGGAAGAGAAUUCAAGACCUCAGAUAUUGUCCARAUCACAAGCACUCCAACUACUUCAACGUUGUCUAUUAAAUAUGCCAGCAGGAAGAACACUGGAGAGUACACAAUUACAGCCAGCAAUCCUUUCGGUAUCAGAGAAGAACAUGUUAAGGUCAAGGUUCUUGAUGUCCCUGGACCUCCAGGCCCCAUUGAAGCYAGCAGUGUGUCAGCUGAGAAGUGCACAUUGACAUGGUUGCCACCAGAAGAGGAUGGUGGCUGCGCAAUCAAAUCCUACACACUGGARAAGAGAGAAACAAGCCGUCUUCUCUGGACCAAACUUGCUGAAAAUAUCUUUGAUUGCAGAUUUGUUGCAAACAAGCUUAUCAAGGGCAAUGAGUACAUCUUCCGUGUGUCUGCAGUGAACCAGUAUGGCACUGGUGAUGGGACACAAUCCGGCCCAGUCAAAAUGGUUGACAGCUUUGGCCCACCAGGCCCACCCGGAGUCCCAGAGAUUGACAAUGUCAGCAGAAACGCUGUUACCAUUUUCUGGAAGAGACCAGUUAAAGAUGGUGGAAGUGAUAUUAGAGGCUAUCAGGUUGAGAGGAAAGAGAGAAGAGGAAUGAGAUGGGUGAGAGCAUCGAAGAAAACGGUCUCUGACCUACGUUACAAAGUACAAGGACUGACGGAAGGUGUUCAAUAUGAAUUCAGAGUAACUGCAGAGAACAAAGCUGGCUUUGGGGAACCAAGUGAGCCAUCUGCCCAUGUGAUGACAAAGGAUAUUGUAUAUCCACCAGGACCUCCUUCUAACCCAAGAAUUACUGACACCACCAAGACAACAGCCACAUUCAACUGGGGUAAACCCCACUAUGAUGGCGGCCUGGAUGUAGCGGGAUACAUUGUUGAGCACAAAAAGGAAGGACAUGACGAUUGGGUCACAGACGUCUCAAGACUGAGAAUUACAGAAUAUGUUGUGUCAGACCUGAAGGCAGGUGGGAACUACUAUUUCAGAGUCAGAGCCAUGAAUACAGAGGGAGUUGGUGAACCAGCAGAGGUUGAAGAAAUUGUUGAACUUGGGGACCGUGAGACACUUCCCGACUAUGAGCUUGAUGCUGAGUAUAGAARAACCCUUGUUGUCAGGGUCCGUGGAUCCAUUCGUAUCUUCGUACCAAUUAAAGGACGUCCAGUUCCUGAAGUAACCUGGUUGAAAGAUGAUGCCAUUCUUGGCAAAGGUGGCCGUGAACACAUUGAUACUACAGAGUCGUAUACUCUCCUGGUUAUCCCUGACUGCACAAGAUAUGAUGCCGGAAAAUACAUGCUGUCAUUAGAAAACGUUGCUGGUAAGAGAGACGGAUUCGUUAAUGUCAGAGUACUGGAUUCACCAGGACCACCUGUGAACUUGAUACCACGUGAAAUCACCAAAACAAGCAUCACCAUGCAGUGGGAAAUCCCCAUCAUUGAUGGUGGAUCAAAGAUCAUUAACUAUGUCAUUGAGAAGCGAGAAGCCACAAGAAAAGCUUACACAGUAAUCAGUACAACCUGGCAGAAAUGUUCCUUCAAGUAUGACAACUUGGAUGAAGGCUCUGAAUAUUACUUCCGGGUAUCCGCUGAAAAUGAACUGGGUGUCGGCGAGCCAGCGGAGACACCUGAGACAAUCAGAGCAUCCCAAGCACCCACUGCCCCUGAAAAUCUGUACGUCACUGACGUGUCAGCGGACACCGCAAGCCUUGCAUGGACGAAGCCAAAACAUGAUGGUGGCAGUAGGAUUACUGGAUACGUUAUUGAAGCACAGAAGAAGGACACAGAGACAUGGACCCAUGURASAACUGUAAAAGCUCUUGACUACACAGCCACAGAUCUCAUUGAAAAUAUGGAGUAUGUGUUCCGCAUCAUGGCAGUGAACAGCUCUGGCAGAAGUGAUCCACGUGAAAGCAGACCUGCUACCAUUAGAGAGCAAACAACAGCGCCUGCAUUUGACCUACGUGCAGUCUACCAGUCUUUGGUCAUUGCUAAGGCUGGUGAUAAUGUGAAGGUUGAAAUUCCGGUUCUGGGUCGCCCCAGACCAGCAGUUUCAUGGAAGAGAGGUGAGGACACACUUAAACAGACRCAGAGAAUCAAYACKGAUACYACUGCAACYUCMACUACUCUCCACAUCAAUGAGAUCAAAAGGASYGAUGGUGGUMMAUWUUCGAUGACYGGCAAGAAUAUACUUGGAACAACGACAGAGACAAUUACUGUUGAAGUCCACGAUAUUCCAGGACCUCCUACUGGACCAAUUAAGCUUGAAGAAGUUUCWUGUGACUACAUUCUCWURUCAUGGGAAGGUCCRGAGAAUGAUGGYGGYGUACCCAUUAACAAUUACAUUGUUGARGCUAGAGAAACCACAGGCACAUCAUGGGUUGAAUUAGCRGCAACRGUUAUCCGUACRACAUUCAARGCUGCYCGUCUCACAACAGGAAUCAYRUAUCAGUUCCGUGUUAAAGCCCAGAACAGGUAYGGCAUUGGACCCUGUAUAGUCUCAGAACAAGUGGUUGCUGCUUAUCCAUUYGAUGUGCCAGGWCAACCAGGCMUUCCUGAAAUYGUCCACUUCAACAAGGAUUCYAUGACUAUUAGCUGGGAUGAACCAGCKUCCGAUGGUGGAAGCCCMAUUUUGGGAUAUCACAUUGAAAGGAAAGAGAAGAACAGUAUCCURUGGCAGAAGAUCAGCAAAGCACUUGUAGYAGGGAACAUGUUCAAAUCAACAGGCUUGGUGGAUGGAAUCGCCUAUGAGUACCGCGUUAUUGCUGAAAACAUGGCUGGUUUGAGCAGGGCAAGCAAGCAUUCUGAGACUACCUUUGCUCUGGAUCCAGUGGACCCACCUGGCCAACCAAUAGCAUUGAAUGUAACCAGACAYGAGGUGACUCUUCAGUGGACAAGACCUGAAGGUGAUGGAGGAUUCUCAAUAACUGGGUACCAAGUAGAAAAGAGAGAACUCCCAGACGGACGCUGGCUCAAGGCCAACUAUAGCAACGUCCUUGAGACAACAUUCACUAUUAGCGGGCUCACAGAGGAUGCUACUUAUGAGUUCCAUGUUUUGGCAAGAAACUCAGCUGGUGCUCUCAGUAAGCCAUCUCUACCAUCAGAGGAAAUCACUUGCAGAGAUGACAUUGAAGUGCCCAAACUUGAAGUUGAUACAAUCUAUAAUAGUACUGUGGUUGUGAAAGCAGGAGAUGUCUUCAAACUUGCUGCCAGCGUAACAGGCAGACCAAUCCCAACACUGCUAUGGACCAAAGACGGGAAGGAACUUGAAGAUACGGCAAAGUUGGAAAUCAAACUCUAUGACUUUUCUACAACAUUAGUCAACAAAGAUUCUCUAAGAAGGUGCGGCGGCACAUUCACUUUAACUGCCAGCAAUCCUGGUGGUUUUGCAAAGCAUACCUUCAAUGUUAAGGUUCUUGAUAGACCUGGACCUCCAGAUGGUCCACUUGCUGUAACAGAUGUCACUGCUGAGAAAUGUAUCCUAUCAUGGCUGCCACCAUCACAUGAUGGAGGUGCAAAGAUUCUGCACUACAUCAUUGAGAAACGUGAAACAAGUAGACUUGCUUGGACAAAUGUAGCGUCAGACUUACAAGUGAACCGGUUUAAGGUUACCAAGUUGUUGAAGGGUAAUGAAUAUAUCUUCAGAGUUAUGGCUGUCAACAUGUAUGGAACUGGAGAGCCCCUUGAAUCCGACCCAAUGGUUUCUACAAAUCCAUAUGUGCCAGCUGAUGCUCCAUCAACACCUGAGGUGACGACCAUCACAAAGAACACCAUGGUUGUUUGCUGGGAACGCCCUGAUCACGAYGGUGGAAGCRRCAUYUUCAACUAUGUUGUUGAAAGGAGAGACAAAACCGGUCUUCGCUGGGUUAAAUGCAACAAGAGGACUGUWACUGACCUGAGGUWCAAAGUAUCGGGGCUCACACCAGGGCAUGAAUAYGAAUUCAGAAUCAUWGCAGAAAACAAUGCUGGUUUAGGUACACCAAGUCCUUCMAGUGAAUUCUACAAGGCAGUAGACACAAUCUUCCAACCUGGACCACCUGGAAAUCAAAGAGUCUUGGACACAACCAAGUCAUCCAUUACAGUUGCMUGGAACAAACCUGUAUAYGAUGGUGGUUCUGAUAUCAUUGGMUACRUUGURGAGACCUGUCUACCUGAGGAAGAUGAAUGGACAAUUCRRACCCCUAAGAAGGGAUUAGUUGGKACRUCAUUUACCAUCACUAACCUGGUAGAAAACCAAGAUUAUAAAAUCAACAUUUGYGCARUUAACUGUGAAGGGGUUGGAGAGCCAGCACAAGUGCCUGGYACACCAWUUGCAGAGGAYAGGCUGCUUCCUCCUGAAAUUGACCUUGGUGCAGAGCUUCGUAAGGUUGUCUGCRUUAGAGCUUGCGGCACAUUGAGACUCUUUGUACCUAUUAAAGGAAGACCARCUCCUGAKGYCAAGUGGUCCAGAGAAAAUGGAGAGCCUGUUACGAGAGCAACUAUUGACACCACAUCAUCAUUUACUGCUCUUAUGGUKGAAWAUGUUGACAGAUUUGAYAGUGGAAAGUACAUGUUGACAGUGGAAAAYGCCUCAGGAAGCAAAACWGCAUAUGUGAAUGUCAGAGUGCUGGACACACCUGGAGCACCACAAAGCCUCAUAAUCAGGGAGGUCACCAGAGACUCAGUAUCACUCAUGUGGGAYGCACCCCUUAUUGAYGGUGGCUCCAGAAUUAGAAACUACGUUGUGGAGAAACGUGAAUCAACAMGAAAAGCUUACUCCACAGUUUGUGCUCAAUGCGUUAAAUCYAGCUGGAARAUUGGUGGCCUGGAGGAAGGAAACACAUAUUUCUUCAGAAUUCUGGCUGAGAAUGAAUUUGGCAUUGGMCUUCCAAUAGAGACUCCUGAGGCAGUCAGAGUAUCMGAGAARCCACUUCCACCAGGCAAAGUAACYCUUGUUGAUGUUACAGGCACCAGUGUYUCUCUGUCUUGGGAAAAACCAGAUCAYGAUGGAGGWAGCAGAAUCUCAGGAUAUAUUGUUGARAUGCAKGGCAAAGACAGUGAAACUUGGACCCAGUGUGCMGUUGCAAAAAUCACACAGGCUGUUGUUCUUGGACUGACACARGGUGAAGAAUAUAUGUUCCGUGUGUCAGCACAUAAYGAAAAAGGAACCAGUGAUCCUCGUCUACUUAGUGUAYCUGUGGUAGCCAAAGAUCUUGUYAUUGCKCCAGUAUUCAAGCUGCUGUUYACCACAUUCAGYGUAUUGGCAGGAGAYGAUCUCAAGAURGAUUUGCSAUAUGCUGCUCGYCCCAAAGCAGUUGYGACCUGGCUCAAGGAUGGUGUCGCACUMAAAGAAACAACCAGAGUCAAUGCUGAUGCCACUGAUACACAUUUGYAUCUUGUGGUCAAGGAAGCCAGYAGGGARGAUGUGGGMAAGUACACCAUCAAACUUGUAAACACAGCUGGUGAAKCAACAGUGGACAUUGSRGUUGUUGUUCUUGAUAAGCCUGGYCCUCCRACUGGCCCAAUCACUSUUGAUGAAGUCACUUCUGACAGUGUGGUACUGUCCUGGAACCCACCUACAUAUGUGGGUGGUUGUGCCAUUAACAACUAYRUAGUAGAAAAGAGGGAAACKWCCWCCACAAAYUGGCAGAUUGUGUCUGCAACAGUUGCAAGAACCACCAUUAAAGCAGCUCGGUUGAAGACUGGSUGUGAAUAUCAGUUCAGGAUYGCUGCUGARAACAGAUAUGGAAAGAGUCCAGUACUUAUAUCAGAAAAUAUUGUUGCUCAAUAUCCAUUYRAUCUCCCAAGYGCWCCAGGGACCCCARUURUACAAUCAUCUACAAAGGACAGCAUGGUUAUYGUAUGGGAGAAGCCUGGUAGUGAUGGYGGGAGCAAGAUUUUGGGAUAUCACCUUGAGAGUAAGGAGAGAAAYAGCCUCCUCUGGGUKAAACAAAACAAACARCUGMUCCCAGACUYRAGGUUCAAGCUYRGUGGUCUUGAUGAAGGUAUYGAAUAUGAGUACAGAGUUUAUGCUGAAAAUAUUGUUGGSGUUGGCAAAGCWAGCAAAUUGUCAGAAAUYCGUGUWGCAAGAGAYCCCUGUGACAGUCCAGGCAAGCCUGAAGCUGUCAUUGUCACAAGAGGAGCUGUCACUCUCCRAUGGACUAAGCCAGAGUUAGAUGGAGGUAGCAAAAUCACUGGCUACRUUGUGGAGAAGAAAGAGCUGCCUGAAGGGCGCUGGAUGAAGKCMAGUUUYGCCAAUGUCAUUGAGACMCAAUUUMUUGUKACUGGYUUAGUUGAARACCAGUGCUAUGAGUUCCGUGUCAUUGCAAGAAAUGCAGCAGGUGUUUWYAGUCUUCCAUCWGAGAGCACUGGGUCUAUWACAGCAAAGGAUGAAGUUGAUCCUCCCAAAAUAGAGAUKGACUCAAAGUACUCUUCAACARUUGUUCUGAUGGCWGGUGAAUCGUUCAACCUUUGUGCAGAUAUUUUYGGCAAACCUGURCCCUCAGUCCAUUGGAUGAARAACRACRUAGAAAUAAARGAKGCUGCACGYCUUGAGAUAAAGAACACYGCUUUUAAAGCAUCWUUGAGUGUUAAGGAGGCAAUCCGUGUUGAUGGAGGCCAAUAUAUCCUACUUUUGAAAAAUGUAGGUGGAGAGAAGKCAGUGMACAUCAAUGUCAAAGUGUURGACAGACCUGGUCCACCWGGAGGCCCAAUUUCUAUCUAUGGAGUCACAAGUGAAAAGGCYUGUAUUGCCUGGAGACCACCAGCACAAGAYGGAGGUAGUGAUGUUUCUCAUUACAUYGUUGAGAAGAGAGAGACUAGCAGAUUGGUUUGGACUCUGGUUGAACCUAAAGUGCAGACUCUAAAUCUGAAGAUCAUAAAACUUGUUCCUGGAAAUGARUAUGUCUUCCGAGUGAUUCCUGUSAACAAAUACGGAAUUGGYGARCCUCUUGAAUCYGAGCCAAUGAUUUCCAGAAAUCAAUUUGUGACACCUGAUCCACCAACRGAUGUGGAAGUCUCUACCAUCACAAAAGAUUCAAUGGUGGUAACSUGGGAAAGACCUGAAAACGAUGGUGGMAAUGCCAUUUCUGGAUUUGUHAUUGAGAAGCGUGAUAAAGAAGGUGUGCGCUGGACCAGAUGCAAUAAACGUACAGUGAGUGAGCUGCGCUUCAGAGUAGCAGGUCUUCUUGAGAACCGCAGYUAUGAGUUCCRAGUUUCAUCUGAGAAUGCUGCUGGAGUUGGUAAACCAAGUGAACCAACUAUUUACUACAAGGCAUUGGAUGCUAUCUUCACAUCAGGUCCACCAAAUAAUCCCAAAGUGACUGACACAACAAGAACAUCUGUGUCCUUGUCAUGGGGMAAACCUAUCUAUGAUGGWGGCUGUGAGAUUCAAGGAUACUUAGUGGAGGCCUGUGAAGGAGCAUCUGAUGAAUGGACAAUGUGCACUCCACCUGCYGGAAUCAYAMACACUAMAUUKACAGUUASAAAACUACUMGAGAAGCAYGAGUAUAAAUUCAGAGUCUGUGCCAUAAACAAGGUUGGUGUUGGUGAGCAUGCAGAUGUCCCUGGAUCAGUUCUUCUAGAGGAGAAAUUGGAAGCACCAGAUCUUGAGCUUGACGCUGACAUGAGGAARAUGAUUAAUGUCAGAGCUGGAAGCGCUCUUAGGUUGUUYRUUCCUGUUAGGGGACGGCCRGCUCCUGAACUGAAAUGGGGAAARGCUGAUGGAGAACUCAAGGAGACRGCACAGAUUGACAAUACAAGCAGUUAYGCCUCACUYCURAUUGAAAAYGUUGACAGAUUUGACACUGGCAAGUACACUGUUACUGCAGAGAAUUCCAGUGGAGUUAAAUCUGUCUUCAUCAGUGUCAGAGURCUUGAUUCACCUAGUAUGCCUGCAAAUUUCGCUAUYAAGGAGAUAACAAARAAYUCAGUCACCCUUACUUGGGAGCCACCUAUUUUGGAUGGUGGGUCUAAAAUUAAGCAAUAUCAUGUUGARAAACGAGAAAGCACUAGGAAAGUGUAUUCCCCUGUCACAWCCUGUCAYAAGAUGUCRUGGAAGAUUGAACCACUUGUGGAGGGAAGUAUCUAUUUCUUCAGAGUUCUUGCUGAAAACGAGUGGGGCAUUGGCUUACCUGCAGAGACMCCWGAACCCSUAAAGAUUUCAGAGGUACCUCAACCUCCCGGKAAAGUWACAGUUCUGGACGUGACACGKAACAGUGUCUCUCUUAARUGGGAGAAACCAGAUCAUGAUGGAGGCAGYAGAAUAAGCCAUUAUGAGAUUGAAAUGCAAKCCAARRAUAGUGACAAAUGGACAYUAUGUGCUCAAUGUAAAUACCUUGAAACUACUGUYWSUAGCUUAGCCCAAGGAGAGGAGUAYCAAUUCAGAGUAAUUGCKGUYAAUAGCAAAGGAAAGAGUGACUCUAGACUUCUGGCCARUCCAGUAGUWGYAAAGGACCUUGUCAUUGAACCUGACAUAAGACCUAAAUURACACAGUACAGYGUACAGGUYGGCUAUGAUCUGAAGAUUGAAGUUCCMAUUGCUGGACAUCCUAAACCAGUCAUUACAUGGACAAAGGAUGGUGCUGCCCUGAAACARACCACAAGAGUUAAUGUUGUCGACAGUGCACGCAAUACACAUCUAACCAUCAAAGAAGCAACAAAAGACGAUGGKGGAUUGUAUAGUAUUAAUAUUACCAAUAUSCWUGGCUCCAAAGAUGCCACCAUUGAAGUAAUCACACURGAUAAACCUGGCCCACCAACAGGCCCAAUCAAGAUGGAUGACAUCAGUGCUGAAAGUAUCACACUUACCUGGGAACCACCYKCAUACACUGGUGGCUGCCCAAUUUCAAAUUACRUUGUCCAGAAAAGAGAUACAACCACAACYAACUGGGUWGUAGUCUCUGCCACUGUGGCRAGAAAUACCCUGAAAGUGRCAAAUCUAAAAACAGGUGCAGAAUACCAAUUUAGGAUCUKUGCUGAAAACAGAUAUGGCAAAAGUUAUGCUAUUGAUUCUGAACCUGUCCUUGCCCAGUAUCCCUUCAAGGAGCCAGGACCACCAGGAACACCUUAYGUAUCUUCAUAYACUAAGGAUUACAUGGUUGUGGAAUGGCACAAACCMAUUUCAGAUGGAGGCAGUGCYAUUUUYGGCUAUCACAUUGAGAGAAAGGAAAAGAACAGUAUCCUUUGGACAAAGRUCAAUAAAUCCCUCAUCCAAGACUGUAGAUUUAAAUCUACUCCUUUGGAGGAAGGUAUUGAAUAUGARUUUARAGUGUCUGCUGAGAAUAUYGUUGGCAUUGGYGCRUGCAGCAAACUCUCUGAGGGAUAUGUGGCRCGUGACCCAUGUGAUCCUCCUGGCACCCCAGAGGCUAUCAUUGUAACCAGGCACUCYGUGAAACUGAAGUGGACAAGACCACAGKAUGAYGGUGGCAGUCUGAUCACAGGCUAUGUGGUGGAGAAACGCRAUCUCCCAGAGGGAAGRUGGAUGAAGGCAAGUUUCACAAAUGUCAUYGAAACYRUAUUCACAGUUCUKGGUCUAACUGARGAYUGCAAAUAUGACUUCAGAGUCAUAGCWAGGAAUGCCGCUGGRUCUAUCAGCAAGCCCUCUMAGAGCACMGGAUCCAUCACAGCAAAGGAUGAAGUUGAUCYWCCAAAAUGUGAAGUUGASUCAGUGUACAGYCAGGUUGUUAUCAUCAAUGCUGGGGAAACAUUUACACUUGAGGCCGCUGUACAAGGAAAGCCAAUUCCMACAGYUCAAUGGUUCAAGAGUGAWGYAUUAGUGGAGAAYUCAGCAAGGGCUGAGAUUAUGAAYUCAGAUUUCCAAGCAAAGCUUGUUGUCAAAGAUGCUAUCAGAGUGGAUGGAGGACAAUAUACKUUGCUUCUAACUAAUGUUGCUGGAGMUAAAACUGUAACGUUCAAUGUGAGAGUACUGGACAGACCUGGGCCCUCUCAGGGACCCCUCACKGUYAGYAAUGUCACAUGYGAGAAAUGUUCACUGUCCUGGCUUCCUCCAAGAGCUGAYGGUGGMAGCAGYAUUUCCCACUACGUCAUUCARAAGAGAGARACUAGCCGUCUUGCAUGGACUGUGGUUGCUAGYGAUUGUGGAGCUACAAUGUUCAAAGUCACAAAGCUUCUGAWGGGAAAUGAGUACAUYUUCCGUGUUAUGGCUGUCAACAAAUUUGGUACUGGUGAACCUCUUGAAUCAGCCCCAGUUWUAAUGAGAAAUCAAUUUGUUACUCCUGGACCACCUCAAGAAUUGGAAAUAGCCAAUAUYGCAAGGGAUUCCAUGACUGUGUGCUGGACUCGCCCAGAGGUUGAUGGUGGAAGUGACAUUGCUGGUUACAUUGUUGAGAAGAGAGAUAGAGCUGGAAUCAGAUGGACAAAAUGCAACAAACGCAGAGUCACAGACCUUCGCUUYAGAGUGACAGGCCUGACAGAGGAUCAUGAAUAUGAAUUCAGAUUAUCUGCUGAGAAUGCUGCAGGAGUCGGCCAACCAACUGAACCAACUCCUUACACCAAAGCCUGUGAUCCAACCUUUGARCCUGGCMCWCCCACUAAUGCACAUGUGGUUGAUACUWCCAAGAACUCCAUUACACUCGCAUGGAGYAGACCCAUUUACGAYGGUGGWGUCRAUAUCCAGGGAUAUGCUGUGGAGAUCUGCAAAGCYGAUGAGGAKGAAUGGACYCURUGCACUCCACCAACRGGAGUGAAUGCMACUACCUUCAAAAUCACCAAACUUAYYGAGCAUCAAGAAUAUAAGGUGCARGUAUGUGCCAUCAAUAAAUUGGGUGUUGGUGAACCUGCUGAGAUUUUAGGAACUGUAAAACCAGUGGAUGCAAUGUUCGCCCCAGAGAUUGAGCUGAAUUCAGAGCUAAGGAAAGGAAUCGUUGUGCGUGCUGGAGGAUCCAUGAGGAUCAAUAUUCCAUUCAAAGGACGUCCUACUCCAGAAAUAAGCUGGUCCAAGGAUGAGGGUGAWUUSACYAACAAAGUUCAAAUUGAGAAAGGYGCCRAUUUUACUCAACUGUCAGUAGAYAUCUGUGACAGAAAUGAUGCUGGAAAGUACACUCUGACCCUGGAAAACAGCAGUGGUUCCAAGUCYGCAUUUGUUUCYGUCAAAGUACUUGAUACACCAGGAGCACCCGUAAACUUCACAGUGAAAGAUAUUAAGAAAAACUCUGUCAAYCUUGUUUGGGAGCCCCCACUCAUUGACGGAGGYGCGAGGGUCAAGCAUUACUUUGUUGAGAAGCGUGAAUCCACCAGGAAAGCUUAUUCCAACAUUUCAAACAAGUGUACAAGGAACAGUUUCCAUGUGGGAGAUCUCAWUGAGGGGGUWAUUUAUUACUUCAGAGUUAUGGCUGAGAAUGAAUAUGGUGUAGGCCUGRCAGCAGAAACWGCWGAGCCMGUGAAGACAUCAGAAGUCCCUCUGCCUGUAGGAAAGRUCACRUUGACUGARGUGACUAAGACAACCGCYUCRAUGGCAUGGGAAAAACCAGACCAUGACGGUGGAAGUAGRAUAAUGGGAUACURCAUAGAAAUGCUGCCUGCAGGAUYAGARGAAUGGAUCCUAUCCACAACCACAAARACAUGUGAGGGAACUGUAGAAGGCCUAACCGCAGGUCAAGAAUACCAGUUCAGAGUUUCAGCCUUUAAYGACAAAGGAAAGAGUGACACAAGGGUAUUAGCUGYSCCUGUCAYAGCUAAAGAUSURACUAUUGAACCUAGUUUYGUAAUGGCAUUCAACACCUUUAGUGUCCAACAUGGUGAAGAUCUGAAGAURGAAAUACCAGUGAGAGGACGCCCAGCACCAAAAGUGGUAUGGRCAAARGAUGGACAGGCAAUUAAAGARACAACYAGGUUGAAUGUUUCAAGAACAGCAUCAUCAACAAUCCUUGCUAUAAAAGAGGCAACYAGAGYGGAUUCUGGCAAGUAYAAAAUCACAGCUACCAACAGURUAGGAGAAAAAGUUGCAGAAAUCGGAGUGAUCAUCCUYGAUAAACCUGGCCCAGUCACAGGGCCUAUAAAGAUUGAGGAAGUGAGUUCCAAUUAUGUMAACCUYGCAUGGGAAYCACCUGCGUACACAGGAGGWUGUCAAAUAAACAAUUACAUUGUGGAAAAGCGUGACACAACAACCGUAGCAUGGCASUGUGUGUCUGCAACCRUUGCAAGAACAACUAUCAAAGUUACCAAGCUGAAAACCGGUACUGAAUACCAGUUUAGGGUGUUUGCAGAAAACAGAUAUGGAAAGAGUCCGUCAUUGGACUCAGCAGCUGUUGUUGUGCARUAUCCUUUCAGUGAACCUYUUGCACCUGGUACUCCAUUUGUGUCAUYAGURACWAAGGACMACAUGRUUGUUGAAUGGAAAGUACCAACCAGURAUGGAGGYAGUCCARUCCUUGGUUACCACCUCGAACGCAAAGAGAAGAACAGCAUUCUCUGGACKAAGUUGAACAAACUGCUCAUUCCUGACUGUCGAUUCAAAACAAAUGAACUUGAAGAGGGCAUUGAGUAUGAAUUCAAGGUCUUUGCUGAGAACAUUGCUGGCAUGAGUCCACCGAGCAAGAUUUCUGAUGUUUGUGUUGCCAGAGACCCAUGUGAUCCACCUGGUACCCCUGAGGCUAUUGAUAUUACCAGGAACCACGUUACACUGUCRUGGAMAARGCCYCAKUAUGAUGGUGGUAGCCUGAUCACAGGCUAUGUUGUUGAAAGGAAGAAGCUKCCUGAWGGCCGUUGGAUGAAGGCUAGCUUCACAAAYGUAAUUGAGACUCAAUUYACAAUCUCAGGUCUGACUGAAGAGUGUGAGUAUGARUUUAGAGUAAUUGCAARGAAUGCWUCUGGUAUUUUCAGURMUCCMUCUGAAAGCACUGGAGCAAUUACUGCUAAAGAUGAAAUUGAAGCACCAACAGCWUCAAUGGAUCCCAARUUCAAGGACUGUAUUGUCAUCCRUGCUGGUGAAACAUUUGUUAUUGAUGCUGAUAUUUUGGGAAAACCACUCCCUGAAAUCACAUGGUUGAAAGAUGGAAAAGAAAUCGACCAAACUACCCCAAGAAUGGAGAUYAAAACCACCAUUCAACGYACUAUUCUAACAGUCAAGGAAUGUAUMAGAGUAGAUGGUGGACACUUUGUCCUGAGUCUUAGCAACGUUGGUGGAACAAAAUCUAUUCCCGUCAAYGUGAAAGUUCUUGAUAGACCUGGUCCACCYGAAGGUCCAAUGAAGAUAACUGGCGUGACUGCAGAGAAAGCCUAUCUUCACUGGAGUCAUCCAUURCAUGAUGGCGGUGCCAGCUGUUCUCAUUAUAUMAUUGAAAAGAGGGAAACCAGCAGAYUGUCAUGGACUGUAGUYGAACCCAGAAUCCAAGCURUCAGCUACAAAGUGACUAAACUCUUGCCUGGCAAUGAGUACAUCUUCAGAGUUACRGCAGURAAUAAGUUUGGCAUUGGUGAACCUCUUGAAUCAGACCCAGUUAUUGCACGUAAUCCUUUYGUGRCACCCAGCGCUCCCUCAACACCUGAAGCAAGUGCUAUUACAAGGGACUCAAUGGUCCUUACAUGGGAACGUCCAGMAGAUAAUGGUGGCUCAGAYAUUGAUGGCUAUGUCCUGGAGAAAMGAGAUAAAGAGGGMAUUAGAUGGACMAAAUGYAACAAGAAAAGACUUAAUGACAUCAGGUUCAGRUGYACCGGACUCACCGAGGGACAUUCCUWUGAGUUCAGAGURUCUGCUGAAAAUGCUGCUGGUGUGGGAGUGCCAAGUGCACCAACAGAAUACAUMAAAGCCUGUGAUGCCACAUAUYCACCUGGUCCUCCUAACAACCCUAAGGUGACAGACCACUCAAGCACAACUGURUCMCUCUCAUGGRCAAGRCCCAUCUAUGAYGGUGGAGCAGCCAUCAAAGGAUAUGUUGUUGAGAUGAGAGAAGAAGGRGRUGAWGAAUGGAUAACMUGUACACCRYCAACUGGUGUMCAAGCAACACACUUYACWGUGAAAAAACUGAGGGAAAAUGCWGAAUACUAUUUCCGCAUCUGUGCAAUUAACAUUGAAGGAGUUGGUGAGCAUGYUGAUGUUCCAGGGUCUGUWGUUGCAUCUGAAAGAMUUGAGGCCCCUGAGAUUGAACUWGAUUCAGACCUUAGGAAAAUGGUCCAAGUACGRGCAAGUGCAACACUGCGUUUGUUUGUSACAAUCAAAGGAARACCUGAACCUGAAGUAAAGUGGUCCAAGAUGGAYGGCCCUCUUACUGAGCGURCMCAAAUUGAGGUCACAAGCUCCUACACAAUGCUUGUCAUCGACAAUGUCAAYAGAUUUGACACUGGCAAGUAUGUGUUGACUCUYGAGAACCUUAGYGGUCAAAAAUCRGCAUUCAUUAAUGUCAGRGUGUUGGACUCACCAAGUGCCCCUGAGAACUUUGAAGUCAAGGAYAUUAAGAGAGAUUCUGUAUCACUAUCCUGGGAGCCUCCUAUGAUUGAYGGUGGAGCUAAGGUCACMCAUUACAUUGUGGAAAAGAGAGAUAMUACAAGACUGGCAUUUACAAGUGUUUCAAAUAACUGUGUAAGAAAUUCCAUGAAGAUUGAUGAMCUUAMAGAGGGYGGAAUUUACUAUUUCCGCGUCAAAGCUGUCAAUGAGCUUGGUGUGGGUUUGCCAGCAGAAACAACAGAACCAAUCAAGGUAUCCCAAGCCCCCUUGCCUCCWGGCAAAGUUACRGUUGUAGAUGUUACUCGCGACAGUGUGAGUCUCGCAUGGGAAAAGCCUGAUCAUGAUGGUGGUAGYAAAAUCACAAGCUAYACAGUAGAAAUGMAAACCAWGKGYGAUGAGAAAUGGACUGUAUGCACUGAGAUYAAAGCAUUGGAAGCAACUAUUGGUGGACUCACAACUGGAGAGGAAUAUKCAUUUAGGAUUACUGCUGUCAAUGACAAAGGCAAGAGUGAACCUAAGCCACUGGCAGAYCCUGUCGUAGUAAAGGACAUUACAAUCGAACCUAUCAUCGAUCUGAUGUUCAACACAUACAGUGUCAAGGCAGGAGAYGAUCURAAGAUUGAUGUUCCRUUCAGAGGCAGACCUGAACCUGAGGUKGCAUGGAAAAAAGAUGGAGCUGUAUUGAAGCAGACAACCAGGGUGAAUGUUCURRCAGCWAWRAAUUCAUCGAAAAUUAYWAUCAAAGAYGCAACCAGGGAGGACUUYGGGAAGUAUGAGAUCAMUUUAACCAAYRCMGUUGGCAAGAAAUCAGCMACMAUAGCUGUUAUCAUYUUGGAUAAACCUGGCMCACCARGUGCAAUCAARGUAGAUGAAGURAGUGCUGACAAUAUUUCACUGUCUUGGGAYGCCCCACUCUAYGAUGGAGGAUGUCAAAUCAACAACUAUGUYGUGGAGAAGAGAGAUACYACCACUACAACAUGGCAKAUUGUUUCAGCCACAGUUGCCAGAACAUCAAUUAAAGUUCCCCGCUUGACACAAGGCACUGAAUAUCAGUUCCGUAUUGCAGCUGAAAAYCGCUAYGGCAAGAGCCAUGCYGUGGACUCCGCKCCAAUUGUUGCACAGUACCCCUUYGAGACACCUGGCMUUCCCACUUCCCUCCAUGUUGCCCRUGCUACAAAGUCUGGCAUWUUGGUUGCAUGGGGUAAACCAGCCAGUGACGGYGGAAGUCCARUCAUYGGUUAUCACCUGGAAAUGAAAGACCAUAGCAGUAUUCUCUGGACAAAGAUCAACAGAGGUMUCAUUGCUGAAACAGAAUWCAAAGUGAUUGGSAUUGARGAAGGCUUGCUGUAUGAGUUCCGUGUUUAUGCUCAGAAURUUGCUGGAAUUGGACCUUGCACCAAAGCMUCUGARCCUGUAGCUGCAAGAGAUCCUUGUGAUCCACCUGUUAACCUUGAGGUCAUUGACAUCACAAGAACUUCAGUUUCCAUUACUUGGCAGGCGCCAGAGMAUGACGGUGGAGCCAAGSUGACUGGCUACAUUGUUGAACGCAGGGAGCUUYCAGAUGGSCGUUGGCUGAARUGCAAUUUYGCCARUCUYCWGGACACAUACUUUGACAUUACAGGCCUUACRGAGGACGUACAAUAUGACUUCCRUGUUAUUGCAAAGAAUGCAGCUGGAUUACUCAGUGAGCCAUCACUGRGCACAGGUGCCAUCACAGUCAAGGAUGAGGUGGAUUCACCUCGCAUUGAGUUGGAAGACAGGUUUAGRCAAUUAGUAGUUGUCAAAGCUGGAGAUAUUUUGAGAAUYGAUGCAGAUAUUUCUGGGCGCCCACGUCCAGUCAUUGCAUGGACAAAGGAUGGUAAAGAAAUUGAUGCCAAGGCAAGAGUGGAGAUUACUUCAACACACAGCACCACCACAUUAAUAGUCAGAGACACUAUCAGGAGAGACACUGGACAGUACAUUGUAACUCUACAGAACGUUGCUGGCACAAGGUCCUUGGCUGUAAACUGUAAGGUCCUUGACCGCCCUGGACCAUCCUCUGGACCAUUGGUGGUCACUGGUCUGACAGCAGAGAAGUGCACUUUGACCUGGGGACCACCUCAAGAAAAUGGUGGUGCAGAAAUCAUGCACUACAUUGUUGAGAAACGUGAAACCAGCCGUCUCGCCUGGACUUUAGUAUAUGGCGAUAUGAAAGCUACAACAUGCAAAGUCACCAAACUGCUUAAAGGAAAUGAAUACAUCUUCAGAGUAAGGGGAGUGAACAAAUAUGGAGACGGUGAAGCCCUGGAGAGUGAGCCCACCAGAGCCAAGAAUGCAUACACUGUCCCUGCAGCACCAACAGAUGUUCAAAUCACGAGUAUCACAAGUGAUGCAAUGACAAUCUGCUGGGAAAGACCAGAAUCCGAUGGAGGAAGCAGCAUUUAUGGCUAUGUUAUUGAGAAACGAGAGAAAAUUGGAUUGCGCUGGGUACGAGUGAACAAAAAGCCUGUGUAUGACCUCAGGGUCAAGGCAUCCAAUCUCCGUGAGGGAGCUGAAUAUGAGUACAGAGUCUAUGCAGAAAACGCUGCAGGCUUGAGCCUCCCAAGUAUACCUACCGAACUAACAAAGGCGGAGGAUCCCCAAUUCCUGCCAUCUCCACCAUCUAAACCUAAAGUUAUUGACUCCUCCAAGACAACUGUUUCUCUUUCAUGGAACAAGCCGUUGUUUGAUGGUGGUGCUCCUGUGACAGGAUACUGUGUUGAAUAUAGGAGAACAGAUGAAUACGAUGAUGACUGGUGUGUCGGUGUUUCAAACACAAAGAACACUGAAUUCACCGUCGUUGGAUUAACUUCUGGAGCAGAAUAUAUAUUUGUUGUCAAAUCAAUCAACAAGAUUGGUCUCAGUGAGCCAAGCCCCCCUACGGAUCCACAGGUGGCAAAGGAGAGAGAAGAGGAACCAGUAUUUGAUAUCAGCAAUGAGAUGCGAAAGACACUCAUUGUAAAGGACGGUAGUUCAUUCACCCUAACUGUGCCAUUCAGGGGAAAGCCCGUUCCUAAUGUUAUGUGGACCAAGGCUGCUGUUGACCUGAGAGUGAGGGCCAGUAUUGAUACCACUGAUACCUUCACAUCUAUCACAGUGGAACAAGCAACAAGAGAUGACUCUGGAAAAUAUACUGUGACUCUCCAAAACAUAGCUGGAAAAGUUGCAUGUACAUUAAAUGUAAGGGUUCUGGACUCUCCUGGUCCACCAUCUCAUGUUGGGUUCAAGGAUGUUACAAAGAGCUCUGCAACAGUUACAUGGGAUACCCCAGAUAAUGAAGGUGGCGCUGCUGUAAAGAACUACCUUGUUGAUAUUCGUGAGGCAAGCAAAAAGGGAUGGACCAGACUCACAGAUACCUGCCAUCGUCUGACCUACAAAGUAACAGACCUGGUGGAGGGAGGAGUAUACUACUUUAGAGUCACGGGUGAAAAUGAAUAUGGAGUUGGUGUAUCAGCUGAGACCAAAGAUGGAGCAAAGAUUACAGAAAAACCCAGCCCACCAGCAUCACUUGGAGUCACCGAUAUCACCAAGGAAAGUGUUUCACUUGCAUGGGGCAAGCCCGAGCAAGACGGAGGUAGCAGAAUCACCAGUUACCAAAUCGAUGCUCUUGAGAAGGGUCAGGAUAAAUGGGUGAAAGUUGGUGUCACCAAGUUCACCCACUUGGUGGUCUAUGGCCUGACGCAAAAUGCUGAAUACUUCUUCAGAGUUCGUGCUGAAAACCAUGCUGGAUUCAGUGACGCUAAAGACAUGAUUCUGCCUGUAACAGUUAAAGACCAGCAUGACCCUCCUGAGAUCAACAUGAAGAAGUUCCCUCACAAUACAGUCUACGUCAGAGCAGGAUCAAACCUGAAAUGUGAGAUCCCACUUACUGGUAGACCUAUGCCAAAGGUUUCUCUUUCAAAGGACGAUGUUGCACUGAAGUCAACUACAAGAUUCAACUCUGAAGUAACCCCUGAAUACCUCAUCAUUACUCUCCGUGAGAGCAUUGCUAUUGAUUCAGGAAGGUAUGACAUCUGUGCCUCCAACACAAGUGGAACCACCAAGUCUUUCGUUAACAUUGUGGUGCUGGAUAGACCAAGCGCCCCAGUUGGUCCUAUUGAAAUGACUGAUGUGACAGAGGACAGUGUGAGUCUGAAGUGGUCUCCUCCUCGUUAUGACGGUGGAAGCGUCAUUUCAAAUUACAUAAUCCUCAAACGUGAAACAACCAACGCCAACUGGACUGAGGUCUCCUCGGCUGUCGCAAGAUGCACCAUGAAAAUCAUGAAGCUUACAACAGGACUAGAGUACCAGUUCAGAAUCAGGGCUGAGAAUCGCUACGGCAUCAGUGAGCACAUCGACUCUCCAACCGUCAGAGUGGAUCUGCCCUACACUGUCCCUGUAGCUCCAUCAGCUCCUACGGUUACAUCUGUAACCAGAGAGAGCAUCACUGUAGCCUGGAAGGAGCCAGCCUCCAACGGAGGAAGCCAUGUUUUUGGAUACCACCUCGAGAUAAAGGAUAGAAACAGCAUCUGUUGGCWGAAGGUUAACAAGACUGUUAUCCGUGCCACACACUACAAGGUGCCAAACAUUGCUGCCGGCCUCAUCUAUGAGUUCAGGAUCGUUGCAGAAAAUGCAGCUGGAUGCAGUCCACUCAGCAAGAUCUCAGACGCAGUACUUGCAAUUGAUGCUUGCGAGGCUCCAACCAAUGUCAGGAUCACUGACAUCACGAAGACUUCCAUCAGCAUCGCAUGGCAGAAGCCCAAUUAUGAUGGCGGUAGCAAGAUCACAGGAUACCUGAUUGAGAAGAAAGAGGGCGAGAAAGACAGAUGGACGAAGGCCAACUUGACCAACGUUUCCGAAACACAUUAUACUGUGACAGGACUUACUCAGGAUGAGACCUAUGAAUUCAGAGUCAUGGCAAAGAAUGCAGUUGGAUCAGUUAGCAAUCCAUCCAUCAUUGCAGGCCCUGCAACUUGCGUGGAUACAUAUGGUGCCCCUGAGAUUGAAAUUCCUGAUGAAUAUCGCGAGGUUGUGAAACACAAAGCUGGAACCACUGUCGAGCUUAGAUUUGGAAUCAUUGCCAAACCAGCUCCUACAAUUGAGUGGUACAAGGACGGAAAGGAACUUGACCCCAGGGCCCAGGCUCAGCUGGUACAGAACAACGCUGCUGAUAGUUCCACUCUUAUCAUCAGAGAUACCACACGUCUCAACUCCGGAACAUAUGAGAUGAGACUGAAGAACUCUUUGGGCUCAGCAUAUGCCUACGUCAGAGUACAAAUUCUUGAUAAACCUGGACCACCACCUGGCGAGAUUCAGCUCAAGAAGGUCACUGCUAACAGUAUCACCAUCAUGUGGGGUCCUCCUGAGGAUGAGGGUGGUGCAAUGGUUACCCACUACAUUGUGGAGAAACGGGAGGCCAGCAGAAUUCAAUGGUCCAUUAUCUCUGAGAAUUGGGCGGAAUGUAUCGUGAAUGUCCCAAGACUGAUCAAAGGCAAUGAGUACAUCUUCCGUGUCCGGGGUGUUAACAAAUAUGGAGUUGGAGACCCACUGGAAUCUGAACCCGUAGAGGCAAAGAAUGCAUUUGUUCCUCCAAGUCAACCUUCCAAGCCUCAAGUAACCAUGAUCACACACUCUUCAAUGACGGUGGUAUGGGAAAGACCUGGAAUUGAUGGCGGAAGUGACAUAGAUGGAUAUUACCUGGAAAAACGAGAGAAGACAAGCUUGCGUUGGUUCAAGGUUAUCAAAGACACCAUUCGUGAUACAAGACAGAAAGUCAGCAACCUGCUCACUGGAAAGGACUAUCAGUAUCGUGUAUGUGCCGUUAACAAGGCUGGAACUGGUCCGUACUCCAAAGAGUCUGACCUCUUCAAAGCUGCUGACGCAGUUGACCUACCAGGUGAACCAACCAAACUCAGAGUAGUCGACUCCACCAAAACAUCCAUCACCCUGGGCUGGGUGGCGCCAGUGUAUGAUGGUGGCAGCGAGAUUACCAGCUACAUUGUUGAGCAGAUGAACUCUGAAGAAAGGGAAUGGGCUGUCAUCAGCCACAAUGGAGAAGUGAGGACAACAGAGUAUGUUGUGAAUCACCUGAAACCAGGAACCUAUUACUUCUUCCGUGUCGCUGCAGUCAACUGUCUGGGACCCAGUCAACCAAUCGAGAUGUACCAGCCUGUUCAAUCCAAGGAUAUUCUUGAGGAAGCCGAUCUCAAUUUGGAUGUUCCCAUGACAACUCAAUACACUGCCAAGGCAGGAAGGGAUAUUGAGGUGUUUAUUCCUCUGAAGGGCAGACCUGCACCAAACUGCACAUGGAGAAGACAUGACAAGAACAUGGCCAGYGAUGCAAGAUACACUAUCACCAGCACAGAACGUACAACAGUUCUUGUCAUUCCAAAGGUCACCCGCGACGACUGCGGCAAAUACUACCUGGAGAUUGAGAAYGGUGUUGGMGAGUCCAAGUUCAUCACUGUGUCUGUCAAGGUUCUUGACACCCCAUCCAYUUGCCARAAACUGAUCAUCAAGAAUGUCACCAGAGGCAAGUUGACCCUGAGCUGGGAWGCUCCUCURAUCGAYGGUGGUUCYCCAAUCACCAACUACAUUGUGGAGAAGAAAGACGCUAACAACAGAGCGUAUACAGUCGUGUCAUCAGARUGCCCCAACACAUCAUACAAGAUYGACGGUCUGUCRGAUGAAAUCGCMUACUUCUUYAGAGUGUCUGCUGAGAAUGAGCAUGGUACUGGUGAUACAUGUGAGACUGCAGAGCCAGUCAGGGCCACUGAGACCCCCGGACCAGUCAAAGAGCUGGUCAUGACAGACGCUACUAAGACAUCAGUGACUCUUCACUGGACCAAGCCUGACCAUGAUGGAGGUAGCCACAUUUCAGACUAUGUCAUUGAGACGAAAACUAAAGAAGAAGAAACCUGGACUGUUGCUACAACAUGCAAGCGUUGCACAUGUGAAGUUACAAACCAGAAGGAAAAUUCUGUUGUGAACUUUAGAGUGUUUUCUAAGAAUGAGAAUGGCAACAGUGACUUCUCUCAGAUUGGGCCCAUAACAGUAAAGGAGUUCAUUAUUCCACCUGAGGCCAACAUGAUAGAUUAUCCAAAUGGCGAACUCUUUGUUCGUGUCGGUCAAAACAUCCAUAUUGAGAUGCCAUUUAAGGGUAAACCAAAGCCAUCUGUUGGAUGGAUGAAGGAAAACAUUCCUUUGAAAGAAAGUGAACAGAUUCGCUUCCGUGAAACAGACAACAGAGUGUCUAUAACAGUCAGAAGYGCAAAGAAAGAGAAUGCAGGCCUAUACACAUUGGUUCUGAACAACAAGCUUAUCAAGAACUUCUUUGACAUCAAUGUGAUCACUCUCGGACCCCCCUCUGUGCCAGUUGGACCGGUCCGAUUUGAUGAGGUCAAAGCACAGGGCAUCAUUAUAUCUUGGGAUGAACCACAGGACAAUGGAGGUGGAGACAUCACUUGCUACAGUGUGGAGAAACGAGAGAUGGCCCAGGCUAACUGGAAGAUGGUUUGCUCCAGUGUGGUGAGGACAACGUUCAAGAUACCCAACCUGGUCAAGGGCACAGAGUACCAGUUUAGAGUGCGUGCAGAGAACAAAUAUGGAGUGAGCGAUCCUUUGAAUUCACCAGACGUGAUCGCCCAACACCAGUACAUGCCACCAGGUGCACCAGGAAAACCAGUCACAUACAACGUUACCAGUGACGGCAUGACUAUUCAAUGGGAAGCACCCAGCUUUGAUGGCGGCUCACCAAUCACUGGCUACCAUGUUGAAAAGAAGGACAGAAACAGCCUUCUGUGGACCAAGGUCAAUUCCAGCAUAAUAUCUGCCCGUGACUUCAGAAUCAUUCAGCUGAUUGAAGGACUGGAGUAUUCCUUCAGAGUCUAUGCAGAGAAUAAUGCUGGCCUGAGUCCCGUCAGUGAACAGAGCAAACAUGCCCUCGCAAUCUCCCCAGUUGAUCCACCUGGUACGCCUAACGUCAUUGAUGUCACAAGAGAUACUGUCACUCUCAAAUGGGAUAUACCCAAGAAAGAUGGAGGAUUUAAGAUUGUGGCAUACAGUGUGGAGAGACGUCAAGGUAGAGGCAAAUGGUUGAGAUGCAACUUCACCGACAUAAAUGAUUUGCAAUUCACCAUCACCGGACUUUCUGCUGGUGAUCGCUAUGAAUUCAGAGUGAUUGCCAGAAAUGCUGUCGGUACAGUCAGUCCACCCUCACAGUCAUCGGGCUAUGUCAUGACCAAAGAUGAAAGUGUUUCUCCCGACAUUGAGUUCAGAGCCGACACUGCGCUUGUGUACAAGGCUGGUGAAAACAUCAAACUAAACUGUAGUAUCACGGGUCGACCAGUGCCUCAGGUCAUAUGGUACAAGGACGGUAAAGAGAUUGACAAGAUGAUGUUGAUUGAUAUUACCACUAACAUCGGCUCCAGCCACCUGUUCAUCAGAGAUGCUGAUCGCGACCAUCGCGGAGUGUACAUGGUGGAAGCCAAGAACAGCUCUGGAACAAAGACAGAGAGUGUCAACAUCAGAGUCUCAGAUACCUCUGGACCACCUGAGGGACCAGUGCGUUUCACUGGUAUCACUGCAGAAAAGGCAACUGUCUGGUGGAACCCCCCAGAGAACGAUGGAUGUGCUGCAAUCCUCUAUUAUACGGUGGAGAAGAGAGAAACAUCUAGGAUCUCCUGGGCAAUGRUGACAAGCAAGUGUGAAGCUUGUUCAUUCAACGCCACCAAGCUGAUCAAGGGMAACGAGUACCAGUUCCGUAUCUCUGCUGUCAAYAAGUUCGGAGUUGGACGUCCUCUYGACUCKGAUYCAUUCAUUGCACAGAUGCAAUUCACCGUUCCAGAAGCCCCAGGAACACCAGACGCCACAAAUGUGACUGGAGACACCAUCACAAUAGGCUGGACAAGACCCAGAUCAGAUGGUGGAAAUGAGAUAAAGCACUACAUCCUGGAGAGACGUGAGAAGAAGAGYUUGCAAUGGGUGAAGGUUUCAUCCAAGAGGCCAAUCACUGAGCUCAGACACAGAGUGACACACCUGAMCGAAGGUAAUGARUAUGAAUUCCGUGUCAUGGCUGAAAAYGGUGCCGGAAUCGGACCAGCAAGCAGCACAUCAAGACUCUUCAAGUGCAGRGAGCCWACAAGYGCWCCAAGUGCUCCUUCWCUGGUGAAGGUCACCGACUCCACAAAGUCRUCUGUCACCCUGGAAUGGAUCAAGCCUGUGUUUGACGGUGGUAUGGAGAUCAUUGGCUACGUCAUUGAGAUGUGCAAGGCAAGCCUUAAUGAAUGGCACCAAGUCAAUAGAACAACUUGCAUCAACACCACAUACACCGCUAAAGGUUUAAUGGCUGGUGAGGAAUAUAGGUUCCGUGUGCGUGCAGUGAAUGGGUCUGGAAAAGGAGAAGCAUGUGCAAUUCCUAAUCCAGUGCAAGCUGUUGAUAGACUGACGUCACCAGAAAUCACCCUUGAUGCAGACUUCAAACAGACACACGUUGUGAAGAACGGUGCCACUGUCACUCUUCAUAUUGCCUUCUGUGGUAAACCAGCUCCGCUGGCUACAUGGACCAAGGCAAGUGGAGAACUUGGUGUUAUGACAGACGUCAACACAACUGACACAUACAGUACCUUGACCAUUGAGAGCUGUACCAGAUAUGACUCUGGAAAAUAUACCUUAUCUCUUGAGAACAACGGUGGCCGCAAAUCUAUCACAUUUACCGUGAAGGUGCUUGAUACACCUGGACCUCCAGGAGCUAUCAGCUUCAAGGAUGUGACCAGAGGAGCUCUGACAAUGCUGUGGGACGCUCCAGCCAACGACGGCGGAGCCCGCAUUCAGCACUACAUCGUAGAAAAGCGUGAGGCUAGUCGUCUCAGCUGGAAGUCAGUCAGCGAAAAGUCCUCACGUCAAAUGAUCAGAAUGACCAACCUAGGCAUAGGUGUGCCUUACCUGUUCAGAGUCAUCGCUGAAAAUAUGUAUGGCAGGGGAGAACCCUGUGAGAUGACUGAACCAAUUACUGCAACUGAGGUGCCUGCUCCACCCAAGAGUCUUGACGUCAUUGACACUACUAAUUCCACUGCUAUCUUGGCCUGGCUGAAACCUGAACACGACGGUGGCAGCCGCAUCACAGGUUACAUUGCUGAAGCCAAAGCAAAGGGCUCUGAUCGCUGGGUUGUUGGCGGUCAAACCAAACUCCUGAAGUUAGUCAUUGAGGGCUUGAUUGAGAACACAGAAUAUGACUUCCGUGUCAAGGCUAUCAAUGAGGCUGGUAUCAGUGUCCCAAGAGAUGCCUUAGCAUCCGUUGUCAUCAAGGAGCCUAAGAUUGAGCCCACAGCAGAUCUCAGUGGCAUAACCAACCAGCUCAUCACAUGCAAGACUCACGAUGCAUUCACCAUUGAUAUCCCCAUCAGUGGUAGACCAGCUCCAAAGGCCACCUGGAAACUGGAGGAGAUGAAGCUAAAAGAGACUGAUAGAUUGAUCAUCAAGACUACCACAGAAAAGACCACCCUGGUGGUAAAAGACAGCAAGAGAGCAGACAGUGGAAAAUACUACCUCACUCUGGACAAUGCCGCCGGAGCAAAGACAUUUGCUGUUACUGUCAACGUUGUUGGAAGACCCACUCCACCAGUAGGACCCAUUGAAAUAUCUGCAGUGUCAUCAGAAGGCUGUUCAUUGGCUUGGACAGCACCAGAGGAUGACGGUGGAACGGAUAUAGACAACUACAUCAUUGAGAAACGUGAAUCUGGAUCUACAUCCUGGCAAGUGGUGAACUCAAGUUGUAAACGCACCACGAUCAAAGUUAGCCAUCUGACCAAAUACAUGGAGUACACCUUCCGUGUCUCUGCUGAGAGCAAGUAUGGGGUGAGCAAGUCCAUCGAAUCCUCAGCUGUUGUCAUUGAGCAUCCAUUCGUUCCACCAAGUCCACCAACUCGCCCAGAUGUGGUGACAGUAUCUGCUACUGCUAUUGGGAUCAAGUGGGAUCUGCCAUAUGCUGAUGGCGGCAGCAAGGUGACUGGAUACUGGAUAGAGAAGAAGGAGAGAAACACCAUUCUUUGGGUCAGGGAGAACAAGCUCCCAUGCCUGGAUACCCAAUUCAAAGUCUCCAGUCUCAUUGAGGGCCUGGAGUACCAGUUCAGAGUUUAUGCUAUGAAUAUUUCUGGUCUCAGCAAAGCCAGUGAGGCCUCAAGACCAGUAGUGGCUUUGAACCCAGUCGAUCCUCCUGGUAAACCAGAGGUGACUGAUGUCACAAGGUCCUCAGCAACUAUUGCAUGGGGUAUACCAUUCAAUGAUGGUGGCAGCAAGAUUGUCGGAUACGUCGUGGAGCGCAAGCCAUGGAGUGAUGAUGAGUGGGAUGAUGCCCACUGGUUGAAGUGUAACUACACCACCAUCACGGAGACUCACUUCACAGUCAGAGGACUGGGUGAAGGAGAAAUCUUUGAAUUCCGUGUCAUUGCCAGAAAUGGAGCCGGAGUUCACAGUGCACCAUCUGAAACAACAGGACCGAUCACCUGCAAGGAUGAAUACACUCCUCCCAAGGCUGAACUUGACAGCUCUCUUGUUGGAGAGCACGUCACUAUCCGGGCUGGGUCAGACCUGGUCCUUGAUGGUGUAGUUGGUGGUAAACCCGAACCCAUAGUAUGGUGGGCCAAGGGUGACAAGGUCCUGGAGCUGGGAGAGAAAUACUCCCUGACAUACACCAGUUCAAGAGCCAUGGCCAUCAUUAAGUCCUGCAACAGAAAUGACACUGGAAGAUAUGUUCUGACCGCGAAGAACGCCAGUGGAACCAAGACAGUGGCUGUCAAUGUUAAAGUACUCGAUACACCAGGGCCUCCUGAGGACAAGAUCACAAUCACCAGGGUGACAGAGGAGAAGUGCACUGUGUCUUGGAAGAUCCCUCUGGAGGAUGGUGGAGAUCUGGUUACUCAUUACAUUGUUGAUAGGCGUGAGACCAGCAGACUCAACUGGGUAAUCAUGGAGACUGAGUGCAAGACUCUGUCUUGUGUCAGCUCCAAACUGAUUAAGAACAACGAGUACGUCUUCCGUGCCAGAGGAGUCAACAAGUUCGGACCUGGUGUGCCCUUGGAGUCCGAGCCUGUCAUCGCCAGAAAUGCAUACACUAUCCCAUCACAACCUGGAGCACCAGAAGUCACGGCUGUAGGAAAAGAGCACGUCAUCCUUGAAUGGAUGAAACCUGAGAGUGAUGGUGGAAGUGAGAUCAAGAAUUACCUGGUGGACAAACGUGAAAAGAGCAGCUCCAGAUGGACCAGGGUCAAUAAGACCUUUACCAUCUACGAUAUCCGCCUGAAGAUCUCUGGUCUGCUGGAAGGCAGUGAUUACCAGUUCCGUGUUACAGCCGUGAACACAGCUGGAAACAGCCAGCCCAGUGAAGCCUCUCAGUAUGCCUACUGUAGAGAGCCAACAUACACUCCAGCCCCUCCUUCAAUUCCACGUGUGAUAGAUUCCACCAAGCAUAGCAUUAGCUUGCAAUGGACCAGACCAAUGUAUGAUGGUGGUGCUGAUGUUGUUGGCUACGUGGUGGAGGUGCUUGAGGAAGGAACCGAGCAGUGGUACAGGGCCACUCAGAAGACUCUGAAGACCAAUUUGUUUGUUGCCGCUGGACUUCAAAGCAACAAGAAGUACAGCUUCCGCGUCGCAGGAGUCAAUAGUAAUGGCACUGGGGAAUUCAGCGAACCAAGUGUGGAAAUUGAGCCUGUUGAGAAACUUUCAAUCCCUGAUCUUGAUCUUCCUGAUGAUCUGAAGAAGACUGUGUGUCUGAGAGCUGGUAACACUCUGAGGCUGUUUGUCAAUGUGACUGGAAGACCUGCACCAGUAUUGACCUGGAGGAAACCUGGCAUUGACCUGCAGAGCCGUGGGUUCAUUGAUACAACUGACAGUUACACUCAGCUGAUCGUUGAGAAGGUCCAUCGUUACGAUUCUGGCAAAUACACCAUUGAGGCUGAAAAUCCAUCUGGCAAGAAGUCAGCAACCAUUCUCGUCAAAGUUUAUGACACUCCUGGACCACCCGGUUCAGUUAGAGUCAAAGACUACACAAAGGAGUCUGUUGUUAUCACAUGGGAUGUACCAAGUAUUGAUGGUGGAGCCCCUGUGAACAACUACAUCAUUGAGAAACGUGAAGCUUCAAUGAAAUCCUACAAGACAGUUACAACAGAAUGCAGGAAGACCUUGUUCAGAAUCACUGGCCUGGAGGAAUCAGUACAUUACUUCUUCAGAGUGUUACCAGAGAACAUAUACGGUGUAGGAGAACCAUGUGAAAUCCCUGAAUCAGUGUUGGUCUGUGAAGUUCCCAGCCUUCCUCAGGAUCUGCACAUUGUGGAUAUCGGCAAGACCUCAGCAAUCCUGAACUGGGAAAGACCUCUUCACGAUGGUGGAAGCAGACUGACGGGCUACGUCAUUGAAGCUAACAUCGUUGGAUCAGACAGAUGGAGUGCAGUGGCCACCGUUAAACAGUCCAUGUCCCAGCAUUCCGUCACUGGUCUGACUGAGAAGGAGACUUAUCUCUUCAGAAUCAGAGCUACAAACAGCAGAGGAGUCAGCGAGCCUAGGGAGAUUACAGGAUCUGUGGUCAUUCAGGAACAACUACUGGCGCCCUAUAUUGAUCUGACCGGCAUUCCACAGAAGAUUGUCCAUGUGCCAGCCGGCAAACCAAUCAACAUCAAUAUUCCUAUAAAAGCCCAACCUGCUCCAGUUUGCAGCUGGUCCUUCAAUGGUGCUAAGAUGAAGGAUAGUCUUGACCGCGUUAAGAUUGAGUCUAAUGGAAAAUACACCAAACUAACUGUGCGUGAGACAACCAUUGAUGACACUGGUAGCUACACUCUUCAAGUGAAGAAUUCCAUUGGAACUGCAACAGAGAUACUCAAAGUUAUCAUUCUUGAUAAACCUGGAAUACCUAUUGGACCAAUCACAGUUGAUGCUGUUGAUGCCACAUCGGUAACGGUCAGCUGGGAGCCACCAGAGAAGGAUGGCGGUGCCAACGUCAGUGGCUAUGUUGUUGAGCAGCGUGACGCUCACCGCCCCGGAUGGCUACCAGUGUCCGAAUCUGUCACAAGACCCACAUUCAAGUUCACCAGAUUGUCUGAGGGAACUGAGUACGUGUUCCGUGUGGCUGCAACCAACCGCUUCGGCAUUGGAGGAUUCUUGCAGUCUGAAGUUGUUGAAUGCAAGAGUCUCAAGACCGUACCCAGUGCACCAAACAGACCUGAUGUACUGGAUGUGACUCAUGAAGGAAUGACCAUCACAUGGCAGUCACCAGAAGAAGAUGGAGGGUCCCAGGUGUCUGGAUACAUAAUUGAGCGCAAAGAGGUCAGAUCUGAAAGGUGGAUGAGCAUCGUUAAGAACCCAGUCACCAUGACCAGAUACAGAUCAUCUGGUCUGUGCGAAGGCAAUGAGUAUGAGUUCCGCGUGAUCGCCCUGAACUCAAGAGGCUCGAGCAAACCCAGUAUGGCAUCUAAACCAGCUAUCGCCAUGGAUCCCAUUGAGCCUCCUAGCACACCACAGUUCCCCAUGGUUACAGACACCACCAGAACUUCUGUGUCUCUGGCUUGGAGUCCUCCUGAGGAAGAGGGUGGGUCCGUCGUCACUGGUUACCUGAUUGAGAUGCAGAAGGUGGACCAGGUGGAAUGGACCAUGUGCAACACGACACCCAUAAAAAUCUGUGAAUACACUCUGACACACAUGCCUCAGGGAGCUGAGUACAAGUUCCGUGUGAUGGCCUGCAACGCUGGUGGACCCGGAGAGCCAGUUGAGAUCCCAGGAAUCGUCAAGGUUAUAGAAAUGCUUGACUAUCCUGAUUAUGAACUGGACCCCAAAUACGAGGAAGGCUAUGUGGUCAGACAAGGAGGAGUCAUCAGGCUGUCUGUGCCAAUCAAGGGUAAACCAGUCCCUAUCUGCAAGUGGACAAAGGAAGGCCGAGAUGUCUCUCACCGAGCUAUGAUCGCCACCAAUGAGGAUAUCACUGAACUUGUGAUCAAAGAAGCCCACAGAGACGACACCGGAACAUAUGACCUGGUGCUGGAGAACAAAUGUGGCAGGAAGGCUGUCUACAUCAAUGUUAAAGUGAUUGGACGUCCAGACGCACCGGAAGGUCCUCUUGAGUUUGAUGAUAUCCAGGCUCGCUCCGUAAGAGUCAGCUGGAGACCUCCCUCUCAAGACGGUGGCUCUGAUAUCCUGGGUUACAUCGUUGAAAGGCGUGAGGUAUCAAAGGUAGCAUGGUACACUGUAGACUCAAGAGUGGUGGACACAGCUCUGGUGGUCAAGGGGCUGAAGGAGAAUGUUGAAUACCACUUCAAGAUCACUGCUGAAAACCAAUUUGGUGUGAGCAGAUCUCUCAAAUCAGAUGAAUGUGUCACUCCAAAGACACCCCUGUCUCCUCCAGAACCUCCAAUCAACCCACCAGAAGUUAUGGAUGUCACAAAGAGCACUGUUGCUCUAUCUUGGGGCAGACCAAAGGAUGAUGGUGGCGCCCGCAUUUCAGGAUAUUACGUUGAGAGGAGAGAGGUGUCCACAGAGAAGUGGGUGCGUCACAACAAGACACACAUCACCACUACAAUGUACAGUCUCACUGGACUCAUCCCUGAUGCUGAAUACCUGUUCCGUGUCGUGGCACAAAACGACAUUGGUCAGAGUGAACCUGGACCAGUAUCUGAAAAUGUUAUAUGCAAAGAUCCAUUUGACAAACCCGGUCAACCAGGUGAGAUUGAUAUCAUCUCCGUUGCCAAAGACUUUAUCACUAUUCACUGGCUGCGGCCAGAAUGUGAUGGUGGCAAAGAGAUCCUGGGUUACUGGAUUGAGUUUAGACAGGCAGGAGAAAGUGCCUGGAAGAAAUGCAACAAGGAGCGUUCCAAGGACAGACAGUUCACCAUGGGUGGUCUGAUGGAGGCUACAGAGUACGAGUUCAGAAUCCUUGCAGAAAAUGAAACCGGAAUGAGUAGACCUCGCAGGACCGCCAUGGGCAUCAAGACUAAACUGAGCUUGGGAGAGGCUCCUAGUCUCAAGGAAGACAUGGCAGAUGUCAUUGCAAAACUUGGUGAAUCAGGAACUCUGACAUGCCAGAUUAUUGGACGUCCCCUUCCUGAAAUCAGAUGGUACAGAUAUGGCAAAGAGCUGAUCCAGAGCCGCAAGUACAAGAUGAGUUCUGAUGGUCGCAACCAUUCACUGACAGUGGCCACAGAUGAACAGGAAGAUGAGGGCAUGUACACUUGCAGAGCUGUCAAUGAAGCCGGUGAAACAGAGUCCAGCGGCAAGAUGCGCUUGCAGGCUGCACCUGCUUUCCACCCUGGAUUCCCAUUGAAGGAGAAAUACACUGCAGGGUGUGGAACAAGUCUUCGUCUCCAUGUUGUCUACAUUGGCCGUCCAAUUCCUCAAAUCAUGUGGUUCUAUGCAAAGAAGCCGCUCAACGCGUCUGAAAACGUGAUAAUUGAAAACACUGAGAGUUACACUCAUCUGGUUGUAAGGAAUGUACAGCGCAAGACAAACGCUGGAAGAUACAAGGUGCAAUUGACCAACAAAUUUGGAACUGUUGAAACCACACUCAAGGUUGAAAUUCAAGAUAAACCUACCAAACCCGAGGGACCUAUUGUUGUUGAUGCUGUKUUGAAGAGCGCAGUGAUCAUCAGCUGGAAACCACCGAAGGAUGACGGUGGAUCAAUGAUCACCAAYUACAUUGUGGAGAAACGAGAAGCAAAGGAAGGCGAGCAGUGGCAUCUGGUGUCAUCRUCAGUCUCAGGAAACACUUGCAGGAUUCCAAAUCUGAUUGAAAGUGCUGGAUACUACUUCCGUGUUUCUGCUCAGAACCAAUAUGGAGUCAGUGAGGCACUUGAGGUUCCAAGUGUUCUCAUUAUCAAGAGCCCAUUCGAAAAACCUGGAAUUCCCAUGCAGCCUGUUGUCACAGAAGUGACCAAGGAUUCUUGUCUAGUGUUCUGGAAACCACCAAAAGACGAUGGAGGUGCAAAGAUAAAGAACUAUUUCCUGGAUAAACGAGAGAAGAAACAGAACAAAUGGAUUGCUUGUACAUCCAAUGAAAUCCACGAGACACAUUUCUCUGUAAAAGGCCUUCUUGAGGGCUUUGAGUAUGAGUUCCGUGUGAAAUGUGAAAACAUGGGUGGUGAGAGUGAUUGGAGUGAAGUGUCAGAGGCCAUCAUUCCCAAAUCAGGUCUCACAAUGAAACCUCCUGUCUUCAGAGAAGAAAUGAGACCAGACAUGAUUGUGAAGUUUAAAUCCAAUGCUACAUUUGUCACCAAAAUUGUUGGACAUCCCAUCCCUGCCGUGAAAUGGUACAAGAAUGGCAAAGAAAUUGUUUCAGAUGGAAUCAAAAUCAAAUUGCAAGAAUUCAAGGGAGGCUAUUACCAACUUAUUAUUGCUGAUGCUGAGGACAGUGACACAGCUGUCUAUCAAGUCAGGGCAACAAACCAAGGAGGAUCUAUCUCUACAACAGUGAAUCUGACUGUUGAAGUUCCUGCCAAGAUCCACCUACCUCUAGAACUGCAAGGCAUGGGGGCAGUCCAUGCUGUCAAGGGUGAAAUGGUUACCAUUAAGAUUCCAAUCAGUGGCAAACCCGACCCUCAAAUCCAAUGGCAGAAGGGACCAGAGAUCAUGGGAUCAUCUGCCCACACUCAAGUGAUUGUCACAAGAUCAUUUACUUCACUCGUCUUUCCUAAAGGAGUUCAGAAGAAGGAUACAGGUUACUAUGUAAUCACUGCCAAGAACAGAUUCGGAGUUGACAAACAGACCAUUGAAGUUGCCGUGGCAGAUGUACCAGAUCCUCCUAAGGGCAUUAAAGUCAGUGAAAUCACUAGAGAUUCCAUCACUCUAACCUGGAGUCCUCCWGAAAAAGAUGGYGGAAGCCCUAUCAUYAACUACAUUAUYCAGAAGUGCCCCACAUCAGGUGACAGGUGGAUCCGYGCWGGYMAAACCAACGAGCCUAAAUACACMAUGAUCGCUCUGUUUGGCAAGACAAAGUACCAGUUCCGUGUCAUUGCGGAGAACCAGUUUGGUCUGAGCGAUCAUUCUGAACCAACUGAGCCUGUUACAACAAUAGAAGAUAAAUCCGUUAUCAGAAACUAUGAUGAAGAAGUUGAUGAAGCUAGAGAAGUCACCAAAGAAGAGGCUCCACAUUCAUCAAAGAUCAAGAUGGUGGCUGCCCAGUACACAAUWUCUGAAGAGCUGGCACGUGCCGGAACRUUUGGCGUUGUUCAUCGCUGUGUUGAAAACAAGUCCAAGAAGACAUUCAUGGCCAAGUUUAUCAARAUYAAAGGUACUGAUCAGGAGCUGGUUGCUAGGGAAAUUGAGACACUCAAUCUYKCUAAACACAAGAACUUCAUGUACCUACAYGAGUCYUUUGACAGUUUGGAAGAAAUGGUCUUGAUYUAYGARUUYAUCUCAGGYGUGGACAUCUUUGAAMGACUUGGCACAGGCAACUUUGAGCUCUCAGAACUGGAGAUUGUUARGUACCUGAGACAGGUGUGCUCAGCUCUGAAGUUCUUGCACAAACUCAACUAUGCUCAUUUUGAAAUCAAACCUGACAACAUUGUCUACACCACAAGAAAGAGCACAAAYAUCAAAAUUAUUGAAAYRGGCCAGGCUAGAUUACUGACUCCUGGAGAAAAUAUCAGAAUCAAUUUCACUGCACCAGAGUAYUGUGCACCUGAAGUCCACCGYCAUGGWCUUGUCAGCACUGCAACUGACAUGUGGUCAGUUGGUGURYUAACGUAUGUGCUCCUCAGUGGACUUAACCCYUUUGCAGCAGAAUCAACCACAAAAAUKAUUGARAAUAUCUCAAAUGCAGARUACAYMUUYGACAGUGAGGCYUUCAAAGAGACCAGCMUCGAAGGYAUGGACUUCUGUGACAGACUUCUKUGUAAAGACCUGAAGAAACGUAUGACUGCUCAUGAAGCUYUGGAACAUCCUUGGCUUAGRUUGAAGCUGGARCAMCUCAGCAMAAARACUAUMAARACAUUGAGACACAGAAGAUACUACCAGACGUUGGUGAAGAAAGASAGAGAGACAAUYGUCUCAKCAGCKCGUGUUGCUUUYGGUGGUGGMUUCAGRARUUACAGAGGUUAUGCAGUUGGCAAAGUCAAGAUUGCGYACCCURYAGAAGGUCUGAGAGCCGGUCCAGUCAUGCAUGGAUCUUCAGAGGARGGUGGRCAUGUCAGAUUUGUUUGCAACAUUGAAMAYUAYGAYGAAACCACAAAAGCAAUKUGGUACUUUGGCACCCGCCAGUUAACAGCMAGUCACAAAUAUGAAAUCAGCUACWUCAAUGGARUUGCUAGCAUCUACGUCAAGGAAAUUGAARCAUCUGAYGAUGGUGUCUACAGAUGCAAAGUYRUCAGUCAGGAYGGUGAAGAUARYRCCUAUGGAGAACUCUUYGUUGAAACUGUGAGAUGCUAYCGUGAACACUUYAUYGGACGCUCACUCACAAAGAAGAGAAAGCUUGAUAAGCAAAGACUUAUGCARAGACCACCAGASUUCACUCUGCCUCUGUACAACCGYRCUGCUUACAUYGGUGAAGAUGUUCGUUUCGGUGUAACCAUAACAGUGCAYCCAGAGCCAACAGUAACAUGGYUGAAGGCUGGWCAGAAAAUCAAACGAGAUGAUAAGAAGUACACUUUCAUUAGUGACAAGGGUCUUUAUCAAUUGAUGAUCCACAAUCUUGAMCUUGAUGACGAUGCUGAAUAUACUGUUAUGGCCCACAACAAGUUUGGUGAAGAUAGUUGCACCGCACGUCUGACAGUGACACCUCACCCUGUUAGUGAAGACACCAUGAGGCCAAUGUUCAAACGGCUGUUGGCUAACGUGGAGUGUGUAGAGGGCCAUAGUGUCCGYUUUGACUUGAGRGUCUCKGGAACACCUGCACCAAYCYUGAAGUGGGAGAAGGAUGGCAGGCCAYUGGAAUUCAACCAACAAAUCRCAGUUGUYCAAGAGGAUGUAGACUAUCACGUUCUGCAUGUCAGAGAAACUCUUGUUGAGGAUUCAGGUCUUUACAAAGUUACWGCAACAAACUGUGUUGGAUCAGUGWGUUGCCAGGCYACACUGAAGGUGGACCGCAUUACAUAYAARAGRAGAGWAUAUAAGAGUGAGGCGGAACAACAGAAWUAUGUUCAACAACAAAUUGACAAGACACUGAAAAUGGCACAAMGCCUUUCCACCACUGAAGUUACUGGAYUCAACCMAGCGGCUCAAGAGGCUUUGAAACAYGCUGCAGACAUAUACAAGCCRGSAGUGAGYACCAAACACUGYGAGGGYGAAUUUGAUAUCACAGAAGAAAAACCAUUYGUAMAKAUCGAGGAAAGGAAACUUYGCAUGCCAUAURAAAUUCCUGAGYCACGUGUCCAUGAUGCAAGUGCUCUGGAUGAAGACCUGUUGAUUAAACACUUUGUACCUUUGUCUGACAUGAAGUGGUACAAGAAACUCMGAGAUCAGUAYGAAAUGCCUGAGCGGAUGGAGAAGAUYGUACAGAAGAGACAGAAACGMAUUCGUCUCUCCAGGUGGGAGCAAUUCUAUGUMAUGCCCCUUCCUAGAAUUACUGACCAGUAYAGGCCWAGAUGGCGUAUYCCRAAGCUCACRCAAGAUGACUUGGAAACAGUAAGACCAGCAAGACGGUCACCUUCUCYUGGAUCMGAGGCAUCCUUCAGRUCAAGAAGACGCUCCCURGGUGAUAUGAGYGAUGAAGAGCUUCUGCAGCCCAUUGAUGAUUACCUSUCAAUGAAGAAARCUGARSARGAAAGGCUCCAACUUGASGAGGAGCUUGAACUUGGCUUCUCUGCCUCCCCACAARGCAGCCCUGUCCGKUUCGAGUURUCUGCUMUGCGUCAUGAAGMWAAKAAACAUKUUGCAAGAAGAGAAGUAUCACAAGUAACCGAGCACAAGRUCAAGAGAACARAAGUUUCACAGUUCWUGAGGAGGAGAAGAUCACUGUCUCCUACAUACAUUGAGCUGAUGCGCCCUGUUUCUGAGCUKAUAAGARCUCCUCGCCCAYGUCCUCURGAGCCAGAGGAGAUYRUSGAAAGGAGAUCMCCCACCCCUGAGAGGACGCGUCCACACUCCCCCAGCCCCCCAGCUUCAGCUGAGAGAUCCUCCCGCUCAUCCUCAAGAUUUGAGAGGUCAGCCAGAUUCGACAUCAUGUCCAGAUACGAGUCAAGAAAGGCUGCACUGAAAUCUGAGCGCAAGUACCAGACAGUGACCCAAACACCCUUCAGCCUCGACCACGCCCCACGUGUGACCGUGAGAAUGCGUUCCCAUCGCGUCCCAUGUGGUCAGAAUACAAAGUUCACUCUGAAUGUCCAAGCGAAGCCUGAGGCUGAGAUCCAGUGGUUCCACAAUGGACAACUGAUUCAACAAAGUGAGAAGUUCCGCUUCACAAACAUGAGUGGAGUGCUGUCUAUACAGAUCUGUGAUUGUCAGGCAGAGGACAGUGGCACGUACCGUGUUGUUUGCUCAAACUCAAAGGGAGAAGCGUCCGACUAUGGUAUCCUUGAUGUUUCUGAAGGUGAAUUCUCCACAUAUACAUCACGUCGUAAAGAUGAGGAGGCUCCACAACCAUUUGUUCCUGAUAUCACAAAGACAGACCAUUACCACAUAUCAUCCUUCAAGGCAGCUUCCUCCUCAUCAACACACAUGGAGGUGAAGGAAAGUAAAUCAAAGUUAACUGAAACACGUGAAACAUAUGAAAGAUAUGAUACAUCUGAACGAUUUGUAUCUGCAUCUGAAAAAUAUGCUGCAUCCGCUAAGUAUGCAUCAACUGAAUACUUAUCAUCUGCAGCAUCCUUAUCAUCAGCAUCUUCUGGAAAGUUUGGAUUGACUGAAAGAUACUUGUUGGGUGAAAGACAUGCAUCGUCUGAAAGAUAUGCAUCUUCAGAAACAUAUGCUUCAUCUGAAACAAAAAUUAGAGCUAUGGAGGAGUCAGAAGUUGAGCAAGUGACUGUUCAUAAAGUCAAGUCGACUCUGGCAGCCAGAAUAAUAACUAAACCACAGUCUGUAACAGUUAUUGAGGGAGAGACUGCUCGAUUCACUUGCGACAUUGAUGGCGAACCAGCACCAAGUGUUACAUGGAUGCAUGAGGGACAAGUCGUUGUAUCUUCUCAUCAUCGUAUGGUGUCAACCACGCAGUACAAGUCUACCUUUGAAAUUUCCUCUGUCCAAUCUUCUGAUGAAGGAAGCUACACACUGGUGGUUGAGAAUGCUGAGGGCAGACAAGAGACUCAGUUUAGCCUGACCAUUUUCAGAGCAAUUGUUGAAGAGGAGGUUGUUGUCUCAGUGAAGUCACCAGAGCCUGGAUUCAAGUCUCCUGAACGAGUAGCUUCACCUCCCAGUGUUCCCCCAACCCCUACCUCAUCAAUCAAGUCUCCUGAACCAAUCAUGUCACCCGCUAGGGGGAAGUCGCCAACCCCAUCAAUCAAGUCUCCUGAACCAAUUACUUCGCCUCCAAGGGUGAAGUCCCCUCCCCCAGUCAAGUCUCCUGAGCCAGUCAUGUCGCCAAAGAGAGUGAAAUCACCUCCCAGAGUCAAGUCUCCUGAACCAGUUGUAUCGCCUCCAAGGGUGAAGUCCCCUCCCCAAGUCAAGUCUCCUGAGCCAAUCAUGUCGCCAAAGGGAGUAAAAUCACCUCCCAGAGUCAAGUCUCCUGAACCAGUUGUCUCACCUCCAAGGGUGAAGUCCCCUCCCCCAGCCAAGUCUCCUGAACCAAAAGGAGUGAGGUCACCUCCCCAAGUCAAGUCUCCUGAACCAAAAGGAGUGAAGUCACCUCCCCAAGUCAAGUCUCCUGAACCAAUCACUUCACCUAAGAGAAUCAAAUCUCCACUAACUGUGAAAUCCUCAACUCCUAAAGCUCCAAAGAUUGUCCACCAACUCACAGCCGAAAACUCAAAAGACAAAGUGAGAAUGUCCUGUGUAUCUGAAAGCAGCGUGAGAGAAGUUGUGUGGUACAGGAAUGGAGUGAAACUGACACAGAGCAGUCACUAUGAGUUCCACAUGUCUGUGGAUGGACAUUGUUCCCUCAUUAUCAAUGACCUCUCUGAGAAGGACCAGGGAGAAUACUCUUGUGAGCUCAUCGCAGAAGGAGGAGUCUCUGCUAAAUCUUCAUUCUCAUUUGUCGGCCAAGUGUUCCAAUCCAUCUACACUAAAGUCACAGCUUAUGUGCAGCAACACAUGGCCAUGAAAGUGAAAACCAAACAAGUAACAAUGAGUCAAAAAGAGGCAUCUAUGGCUAUGGCUUCCCAUACAAGUUCAGAACAGGUCGUUAAGAAAGAAAUCCACGGAGGAGCUCAGAUGAUGAUGAUGGGGGAGAGUGCUGCUCUUAGUAGCAUGCAAGAAAGCUUCUCUUCCCAAUCAGCCCACAUGGCUUCUUCUUCUAUGCAUCAGGAGACCUCUUUCAGCAGCUCCAGUAUGGCCAGUAUGUCUAGCAUGGCUGCCAUGGCUGCUGAAAUGCAGAUGGAAACCAUGUCUCUAGCUAGCAUGUCUUCUAUGACAUCUUCCCAUACCAUGAGCUCCAGCAGUAUGACUGAAAUGAUGAGUCACUCUCACCUGGAGGGGUCCUCCAUGAGAUCCAUUGCACAGGGUAUGCUAGGUGCAACAGGUGCACCAACAAUUGAAGCUCUCCCAGAGGAUAUAACCAUUGAACUUGGGAAGGUGCUCACCGUAGCCUGUGCUUUCUCCGGGGAGCCCACACCUAACAUCGAAUGGUCCCGCAGUGGAAAAACCCUGCCUGGUGAGGAGCAUGGCGGUAGGUUCCAUAUCGAGACCUCAGAGGACCUAACUACACUCAUCAUCACCAGUGUGAAAGAGGAGGAUGCUGGAGUGUACACCCUCAAACUGUACAAUGACUUUGGAUCUGACACUGCAACAGUAACUGUAAGCAUUCGAUCAUAAAAAAAAACGGUCAAAAUAUUUAUAUCAUCCCCUUUCCCAACUUCAAUGCUUUUUAUUUAUUAAUUUAACAAAAAAUAAUCUUACUUGAUAAAGACCUGGAUUUCUGUUAUUGUAAAUAUGAACUAUUUUUAUACCAAACAUGACAUUAAUUUAUGCCAAACUAGACUAAAGUCUAAAGUUGUUAUAAAAUGUGCCAUAUUGGAUAAUUAUGACUUAGGAUUUUUGAUCCAUUUUUCUGUGACAUGUACAUAAUGUAUAUAGCCGAACUUAACGGUUAUGGAAAAUGUAUGAAUUGUUAUUUAUGACAAUAUUAACUAAAACAAAUGGAACUGAAAUGUUUAAAAGGAGAAAGUUUCGCAUGAAACGAAUACCCUGUUAAACCUGAAACUAAACUAUGUGCCUCAACAAAAAGUUGAAGUCUUAAGAUUUCCUCAACAGGUAGAGAGGCUCCCUGUUGAAGUUUAUACUAAAUCAGAGAGACGAGAUGUUUGACACUGUAUGUUAUUACCUGCAGUGUUAUUAUCAUACUCCUAUGAAUUGUAACAUGAUCAUAAGACCCUGAGUGCUGUUUGCAUAAACCCUCAUGUAAGUAGCACAACUAGGCCUUGUGUUUUGAACUGACUAUGUCAUAACCACCAUUUUAAUGACAUGUUCAACGUGCGAGUGACCUGCACUUGAGCUGAAAUGUUUUUUUGUGUGCUCUGUUUCUGGCAAAUGACUGCUUGAUAGAUUUUCUGAACAAUAUCAACCUGGCCAUUAACAAUUGAAAGUCCAUCAGGCACUUUUUUUUGCAGAAUCAGAGCCAUCUUUUGGAGGUUUGUUUGAGUGCGUUACUUUUGUGUGUUAGCUUUAGAAUUUCACCUUGUCAGGUGUUAGGGCAAACAUCAAGCAAGUGUACCACAGCGACAACACCUGCUGUGUUAAAAUUAAAAGAAAACCAAAUGUAUUAACUGUUCUGCCCUGCACUUUCGUUUGAUUUAAAUUAGAAUUGUAGAAUUAAAUGCAACCUCCCCUUGAUUUAAUAAAGCAUGAUAUCAGCACUAAAAUGUU